GUGCGGUUGCUGAUUUGAAAGAAGGAGGAGGGAGAAGGAGCGGAUCCGGCCGCGGGAGAAAAAGCAAAGGGGUGGGGGACAAAAAAUAUAUAUACAAAAAAGGGAGGGAGGGUAGAAGGAGCUCGGCGUGAGGCUGCUUGACGGAAAGGAGGAGGAGGAGGAGGUGCGGGGGGGACAAUGCCAUGGUGCCUCCUCCCGCCCAGCUGCUCUCUGCAAGCCGGUUCUGUGCCACCGCCAGUCCGGGCGUAGGAGCGCAAAGAGACACCCCGCAGCCGCAGGCGCCGCCUCCUGGGAAGCGAGAGUCUCUGCGGGGGGGCUGUUGGUUGUCAAUGGCUGGCUGACCCCCCAAUCCCCCGAUCCCCGUUGUCACCGCCGCCGCGCGGGCGAGCGGCUCCUGGCGCGGCUGAAUGGGCGCGCGGGUGGAUGGCUAGCCGGCCAGGCGGAUGGAGGGAUGCGGGAGACCCUGCGCGGCAAAAUCACCAUGAGGACCUCGCCGCGCCGCCGCCGCGACCUCGGCCGGCUCUCCCGGCUGCUGCUGCUCCUGCCGCUCUGCUUCACGUGCGCGCUGGCCCUUGACUCGGGGCCGCGGAGCGCCACUGCCGGGCCGGCAGCAGCCGCAGGAGGAGGAGGCGGCGGCGGGUCCGGCUCCGACGGAGGGUCCACAGCAGCGGCAUCGCCUGCGGGAGAGGUGCGCUUCGGUGCGGGAGCCGAAACGCCGUCUCUGCUCUCACCUUCGCCGGCUCCUACUCCUCUUCCCCGAUCCCCUCUUCUGCUUCCCCCGCCGCCUCCUUUUGCUCCCUCGCCCACCACCCCGCAGCAAAACGGGGGCGAGGAGGAAGAAGAAGAAGGGAACGAUCUUGGUUCCUGGGCGGCGGUGGCAGAAGCAGGCAACGCAACUGGGAUCCAGCCCACCUUGGCGUCCCCCGAUGUCCCCCCAACUAAGCCUGCAGCUACUGCGGGAGCGCAAGGGGGCAGCCCCUCAGGCUCCGAGGGGCCCGGCUCCGAGGCGCCGAGCCCCGGCAACGCCGCCUCGGCGGUAGACGCGGCGUCCUCGCUGGUUCCGCCGGCUCCUUCUCCAGGCUCAGCGUCCGCGGCUCCCCAAGAACCGACCCUCAGCGUCUGGUCCAGCAGCGUCCCCACCGCCGAGCCCUCGUCGCCUUCCGAGGAGGAAGAGAAAGAAGAUCUGGUGGCCCAUAGUGGGAUAGGUGAGUGGACGUAGAUCGUUUGUGGGUGACACAUGCGCAUGCUAAAAACAAAAAACAAAAGCGUUUUGUAUGCGGAGAACUUACACUCACAGGAGACACGUCGGGAUGAAUGGACACGACUAACUUAGGCCAAUUCAUGUCCGUGGGUCUGUUCUGAGUAGUACGUCCUUGAACACAGCCAGUGCCAUUCAUAAGUCAGUUUUAUCUUGAAGUCCAAGGGUCCAAUGUAGAUGUGGUUCCCAGGUAACCUUACCUAUCCAGCUUCGGCAAAAGCACCUAAUGGCACAUAGUCUGGUAUUGCAGAGUUGGAAACGAUGCAGUAAAAUAGCAAGCGAAAAUCAUUAGGGAGCUCCAGCAGCCCCCCUGUGUAGGAAGGUUGCAAGGUCUGGGGUUUGUUUUUAACUAAGGGUGAGAGGUGGGGGUAGGAGAUUAUUGCUGGUGUGGAGAAAGUGGCUGGAGAGAAAAUGUUCUCAUAAUGCUAGAACCCAACAUGAAGCUGAAUGUUGGGAGAUUCAGUACAGACAGAAACAAUGACUUAUUCUCAACAGUUAAAACAUUGAAUUGGCUCCCAGAAGAAGCAGUGAUGGCCCACAGGAAGCUUCAAAAGAGGGGACAGGGCAUGGAGGGAUAAAACUAUUCUAGGAGCCUCAUAAGAUGCCUUAUAUUGAGUCAAGCCAUUGGACAAUCUAGCUCUGUAAUGCCAGUACUGAAUGGCAGCAGCUGUCCAGGAUUUCAGGCAGGGGACAUUACUAGUUUUAAGGGGAGGGGCCAGGGAUUGAACCUGAGCAGGUAAAGCAGAUGUUGGCUUGCUGAGCUGCAGCUGUUCGCUCAGUGGCUACUCACUGUGGUGGCUGUGUCUUACCUCCACUGUCCGAGGCAGGCAGGGGGCCUCUGACUACCAGACAACAGCAGCAGAGGUCUCCUGCUCUGCUGUCCUCUUGGGGAAGCAGGAUGCUGGGUUAGGAAGGCCUUCGGCCUGAUCCAGCAGGGUUCUGCCUAUGUUGUGUUGCCUGUGACUGCUCUGUGGAUGCUCGUUUAGAGAUUGUGCUGUUACUUGUCCUGAGCCUCAAGGCUAGGGCAGGAUAGAGGCACCAAAAGGAGGGGAGAUGGCUUGAUUUGUUCCCAAAGGCCCCAAGACCUUCACUGAAAGACAUUCCUAUGUGUGGACUAACAUUUCAGAAAGAGGGAGGGUAUUGCACCCGAUUAAUGAAUCAAGAUUUAACAUUUGUGAUGCCAUCACAGUUGGCACCAUAUUAUUAAUGCCUCCAAUAUUAACACUCGUAGUAUUUGUAUUAAUGCUAUUAUUAUUACUUAUUUGUCAUUAUUACUGUACUUCAACAAUUUGGGUUCAAUGUAUCUUUCUACUAAUAGGCUUGGGAUAGACCACUGUCCUCUGUUAUUAAUAUUUAUUAAUUGUUGUAGAGACUAUUGUUGUGGAGACUAGGGAAUAAAUUGUUGUCACCUCAUAUUAAUAUGUACUACAAUGUGUUUCUUACUAUUGUUUCUACCAUUGGUUGUCAGUACUUUUUUGGGAGGGGGUAUAAUCUCUCUUUCUCCUCCGCAUGCUCCUCCUUGUCCUAAGCUAGGGAGAAAUGUUGGUCCCCUAUUAUGGGAGGCAGUUGCUUUCUGGUUUUUUUGGACUAGUUCCUCAGAUAAUAGAUCAUUUUGUGGAAUGAUUUUUUAAGGAUGCUCAAAAUGGCACAGACAAGCAGAAGUUGUAGCAGCUGAAAGCAAAGAAGGAGAGUAAAAUGAGAAGUGGUUAAAAGAGGCAUGGAGAGAAAUGUCUUCUUUGUGGGUAAUAUAUUGAUGGUGUUUGCUUGAUGUUGGCCUUUGUCCUUGUCUAUAUUUUGAGGAUUUGCACCAUUUGCAGCAUAUUCUGGCUACUUCUAAUGCCUGGUGGUCUCCAGAUGUUUUGGAGAGCUGUUCCCAUCUGCCCCAGCCACUAUUGGAGCUCCCUCCCAAAACAUCUGUAGGAUACCAGGUUAGUAUAAAGGUUGCACUAAAGCAGUUCUCCCUGUUCUGUUGCAUUCCAUGGCCUGGGGUAGGUACAACUCAUAAACACAAGUGCAAAUAUUGUGGAGUGUUUUUAAAUGAAUUGUUAACUUGAGACAUAAGGAUGGCCUGAACAUUAAAUAAACUAAAACAUUUAACAAACCCACGAGCUCCAGCAUCCUAGUCAAUCUUAAUCAGCUAGAUCAACCUCUUAAAAACCGUUUUAGUGACUUGAAAGUUGGCCCUGACUAAUCAAAACAGUGAUCGUGUAAUAGGUGGUAUUCAACAUUUUUAAGGGGAGUGGCCAUAGCUGAGUGGUAGUGCAUCUGCUUUGCAUUUGGAAGGUUCCAGGUUCAGUCUCUGACACCUCCAGAAAGAACUGGGGGAGACCCUCACCUGAAACCCUGGACAGCUGCUGCCUGUCUGUGUAGACGGUACUGAGCUAGGUGGACCAUGGAUCUAGCUCUUUAUAAGGCAGUUCCCAAUGGGUGAUAGUCAACUAAGCUUCACUCAGAGUACACCCACUGACAUUAAUGAACAUGACUAAGUUAGGUCCAUUAAUUGCAAUGGGUCUGCUCUGGGUAGUAUUCAGCUGCAUUUUACUUUGCAGAAAUAGGAUGCUUCUUUCUGCCUGCUGCCCAAAUUUUGUGUGUGUGUCAUACAGCAGGGAACACCUCUUCUGAGAGAUGUAACCGGGGACAAGUGCAUUAAUCAUCAUGAUGGUGACAUUUUACCCCCCCACUGUCGGAGGCAGUGUGCCUCUGAUACCAGUUUCUGGGAGUCACAGGUAGGGAGAGUUGCUGUUGCACUCAUGUCUUGCUUGCAUGAGUUGGCUUCUGUGUGAACAGAGUAAUGGUGGACCCUUGAACUGAUCCAGCAGGGCUCUGUUCUUAUAAAAAUGCAUGGCCUUUCCUGCAGUAAUGGAGCAAUCCUAACUUUCCUUGUUGGGGAAGAGCUGGAGCUCAGGGGUAGGACUUCUGCUUGGCAUGUAGAAGGUCCCAGGUCCAGCCUUUGUCAUUUGCAGGUAGGACUGGGAAUGCUUCUCACCUAAAUCCCUAGAAAGCUGCUGCCAGAGAUUGUAGGCAAUCCUGAGCGACAUGGACCAAUGCACCUUUUGUGAGGCCAAAAUUCGGCACCUUCUGCUUCUCACCUGUUCUGCUCAAUUCACUCAGUGCCCAGUGUGGGGGAACCGGUUGCACUGCCCUAAAUCUGCCUCUGGCAAAAUCCUGAAUGUGCCUACUCAGAAGCAAGCGGUGCUGAGUUCAUAGGGACUUGAUGCUUCCCGGUCAAUGGGUGAAGGGUUGCAACCAAAAUCUUGUUUUGCCAGAAGUCAGCUCUAGUUCAAAUUGCCCAAUUCUGUAGCAACACAUUAGAAAUGCUUCCUCAGGUGGAUUCCAGGACCAGAGAAAUGUGUUUGUGUUUUAGGCUACAAGGACUUGCUCAAUGGGUUGUAGGAAACUGAAGCAGCUGGAGAACUGUAUAAUUUCUCUCUCUCUCUGUGUGUGUGUUUUAAAAAAAUGUUCUGCCAUUCUCUGAUUUUGUUAUGAUAAUGAUAUUGAUAACAGUAUCAUAUCUUUUCAUUAGUAAUGCUUGACAUAAUAAAAUACAUGUGCAUGGCUGGAUGUGGCUUAACUGUACACAAGAAAGGGUCAUUUCCCAUUGUUCCACCCAUGUUUUGCCUAGGGCCCUGCUCACUGCUGCCAUGUGGCCUCUGGAAGUUUGCCCAAGAGAGAAUGUGGCCCUCAGGUUGAAAAUAUCUCCCUAUCCCCAAGUGAAAUGCUUCCAAUACCUAUUAGUUCAUAUGGGGCUGAGGGAAGGUCCUGCAUCUCCCCUUCCCACUGAAAAGAAAGCCUUGGACCUUGACUGUCUCACCCUGUGCUGGGGAGCAGAAGGUUCUGCAGACCAAUGGAGAGCUAUUUGCGUGGUACUUUUGACAGCUCCCAAGAUACAUUCCAGCUGCACAAAUCCCAGGGAGCCAAGGUGGUGUGGUGGUUGGAAGGUCAGAUUAGGGACCUGGGAGACCAGGGUUGAAAUCCCCAUUUGGCCAUGAAGACCCUUGAUGUGACCUUGGGCCAGCUGGUUUUGACCUAUAAAGCCUUAAACAGCUCAGGACGACAAUACUUCAAGGACCACCUCUCUCUCCGAGGAUGUGGACAGGCUGCUUGGACAAGUGAAACCAACCACCUGUCUCCUGGAUCCUUGCCCAUCCUGGCUAAUAAAAGCAAGCCAGGAAGGGCUGGGUGAUGGGCUCUGUGGGGUGGCGAAUGCUUCCCUCUGUGAGGGAGCCUUCCCAGAUCCGCUGAAAGAGGAGAUCAAACCACUUCUUAAAAAACCAUCUUUAGACCCGGCCAAUAUGGCCAACUAUCGCCCUGUCUCAAAUCUUCCAUUCUUGGGCAAGGUGAUUGAGCGGGUGGUUGCUGAACAACUCCAGGCACACCUGGAGGAUGCGGACCAUUUGGAUCUCUUCCAGUCGGGAUUCAGGCCUCAUCAUGGGACUGAAACUGCCUUGGUCGCUCUGGUUGAUGAUCUCUGGCGGGCUAGGGACAAAGGUGAGAGCUGUUUCCUAGUUCUGCUGGAUCUCUCAGCAGCCUUUGAUACCAUUGACCAUAACAUCCUUCUGGACUGUCUUGAGGGGCUGGGAGCUGGGGGCACUGUCAUACAGUGGCUCCGCUCCUUCCUCCUGGGCCGUGGCCAGAAAGUGGUGUUGGGGGAUGGGUCAGUUUUGUGUCCAGGGCGGCUGUCUACCAGCUCCAUCUGGUACACAGGCUGAGACCCUACCUGCCCGUGGACUGUCUUGCCAGAGUGGUGCAUGCCCUGGUUAUCUCCUGCUUGGACUACUGCAGUGCACUCAACAUGGGGCUACCUUUGAAGGUGACCUGGAAACUACAACUAAUCCAGAAUGCGGCAGCUAGACUGGUGACUGGGAGCGGCCGCCAAGACCAUAUAACACCGGUCCUGAAAGACCUACAUUGGCUCCCAGUGGGUUUCCGAGCACGACUCAAUGUGUUGGUGCUGACCUUUAAAGCCCUAAAUGGCCUCGGCCCAGUAUACUUGAAGGAGCGUCUCCAUCCCCAUCGUUCAGCCGGACACUUAGGUCCAGCACUGAGGGCCUUCUGGUGGUUCCCUCACUGCGAGAAGUGAGGUUACAGGAAACCAGGCAGAGGGCCUUCUCGGUGGUGGCACCCACCCUGUGGAACGCCUUCCCAUCAGAUGUCAAUGAAAUAAACAACUAUGACUUUUAGAAGACAUCUGAAGGCAGCCUUGUUUAGGGAAGUUUUUAAUGUUUGAUGUUUUAUUCUGUUUUUAAUCUGUUGGGAGCCGCCCAGAGUGGCUGGGGAAACCCAGCUGGGUGGGUGGGGUAUAAAUAUAAAUAAAUUAUUAUUAUUAUUAUUAUUAUUAUUAUUAUUACUACUACUACUACUACUACCUAAGAUCAUCCUCUGAGGCCCUUCUUUGUGUGCCUCUUCCACAAGAGAUCCAGAGGGCGGCAACAUGAGAACGGGGCUCCUCUGCGGUGGCUCCCCUUCUGUGGAAUGUACUCCCCAGGGAAGUUUACCUAGAACCUUCAUUACACAACUUUAGGCGCCAGGCAAAAACAUUCCUUUUUAACCAGGCCUUUGGUUGAUUUGAUUUACAUCCUAUGCCCUUUUAAAAUGUGGAGUUUUUUGGUGGGGGGAGGUUAUUGGGUUGUUGUUUUUAUUUUGAUUAUGCAUUUUGUGGUUUUAUAUUUUGAUUUUAUUCUGUGAACCGCCCUGAGACCUCCUGGUAUAGGGCAGUUUAUUAUUAUUAUUAUUAUUAAUAAUAAUAAUAAUAAACAACUUUGUGAGCUUGCUAUCACUAGAUGUGGGGGCAGACCCUAGCUUAGGUGUCUUUACAAGGAGAUUAGGCAACUUUACAUAGAAUGUGUCUAUCAAGUGCUGAUGGUUCUUAAACGGCAAAGCCAAGCCUCCAGAUUUGGACGCAGUCUAUCUCCAAGUGCCAGCUGCUGGAGGGGAAGAGCAAGCGAGAGCUGUGCCCUUCCUGUUCUGCUUGUGGGCUUUCUCAGAGACAGCUGGCUGGCGAUUGAUGGUAAUAGGAUGAUGGAAUAGAUGGACCAGACUUUGCUGACCUGGUGCCCACCAGAUAUUUUAGGUGACAAUUCCCAUUGGCUGAUAGGAGUUGCAGUCCAAAACAUCUGGAGGGCAUCAGGUUGGUGAAGGCUCAGAUAGACCCUUAGUCUGAUCCUGGAGACUCUUUCUGUGCCUUGCAUCCCAUACCCAGUUGCCUUGCCUGUGUUCUAUUGCCUUCUAAAUGUACGUGUAAAAGAGGGGAAAGGGAAUUAGUAACAGGCUGUGGCUAAGCCAUUUGCCCUUGAAUUCAAGGAACCCAGCAGGUGCUUUGAUACUGACUCAUGUCCGCAAGCUACUGAUUCCCCCUCUUCCCCAUACAGGCUCAGCUUAUGUUCAUGGAGACUGCUGGGCAAAUAAUUGCAAAUCUUGUCUUGAGAAGUUAUUGGUUUAAGUAUGGCGGAGAAAGGAAGAGGUAUAGUUAUUAAAUUUGAAUCCUAUUCUUAUGUGGGCCUUGGAAGUGGUUUGCCUUUCCAGGGGCUGACCAGGUGCAUACCUGCUUAGUUUCAGUGAUGCUACAACAGCACCAGGUGUGCCCGGAUUACUACUGCACCCAAGGUUACGUUGCCAAGGAACCUUUGCAGAUGGAUUCUGAGCCAGUGAGUCAGUUCCAAAAAUAGCCUCCAUAUGUCCUUAGCACCGGCAAGGCUGCAGCAGUGUCAACUGCUCCCAAGUGAAAAUUAAAAACCCCACAUGUAGCAAUGAGGACACCCUGUUCAAUAGUUGAGGCCCUUCUCUGGGUGCUGUCUCUGAGUAGGGGCAGAAGUUGGUGACACAAGGUGGGGCCUUUUCAGUGGUGGCUCCCUGUUUGUAUAAUACUCUCCCCAGAGAAGCAUGCCUGGCAUCUUUGUCUAUUGGUGGGCACCACACAAAGAAUAUUUUCAUUUGGUUCUUAAUUUGGAAGGUAGUUAGUUAUGUUUGCAGCCUCUUGACUUGCUUUUCUUUUCAGUGGCGUGAGCAGGAUUUUCCAUUUACAUAUUUAUGGGUGACCAUUUUUAGAUUUUUCUUCAAAAUUAGAUUUUGACUGUUUCCUAUGUUACCUAUCUUAUCUUAUUUUUUAAGUUGCUUUGAGACUCUUCAGUGAAAAAGCGAUGAAUAAAUACAAUAGAAUACACACACACACACACACCAAUAUUUAUUGCACCUUUCCUCCAGGACAACAGACGUGGGCUGCCCCAUUCCUUUUUAUCCUAGCCUUUGAGGUAGGUUAGCCAGAAAACAUAAAAAGAGCCUUCUGGAUCAGGCUGAAGGGCCAUAUAGUGGUACCUCGGGUUACAGACGCUUCAGGUUACAGACGCUUCAGGUUACAGAUUCCACUAACUCAGAAAUAGUACCUCAGGUUAAGAAUUUUACCCUAGGAUGAGAACAGAAAUCAUGCUCUGGUGGCGCGGUGGCAGCAGGAGGCCCCAUUAGCUAAAGUGGUGUCUCAGGUUAAGAACAGUUUCAGGUUAAGAACGGACCUCUGGAACGAAUCAAGUUCUUAACCCGAGGUACCACUGUAUAGUUCAGCAUCCCAUUCUCACCAUGACUGACCAAAUUCCUCUGGGAAGCCUGCAAGCUGGGCAUGAGCAAAGCAGCACUCUUCCCACCUGCAGUUUCCGGCAGGGAGAAUCCUGCCUCCAACCUUGGAGGCAGAGAAAGACUGACUGGCCUGUGGUUAUCCAGUGAGUGCCUGGUUGUUCCUAGUCCUUGACUGAUACAAUACCAGCUUUUCCCAAACUGCAGCCCUCCAGGUGUUUCUGGCUUACAGCUCUUAUUGUCCCUGACCAUUGGCUAUCCUGGCUGAUAGGAACUGGAGUCCCACAAGUGCCCCCAUAAAUCCUGCCUCUUCUCAGUCAGCCCCAACCUGCCUGCCCUCUUCCUUACACCCAGGCCCGGAGGUGGCACUGUUUAUCUUUUCCUCCUCUUCAGUCCCAGUGUUGGCUUCCUAGAAAUCAGCAGGGAGAAGCAUGGCUGUAAACUUCCCACCUGCCAUGGGCUCUGAUUCUGCCUACCACUGGUGAUCACUGUUUAAUAGAGAUAAAAACAUGUGAAAGGGCGGAGGGUUUGGGCAGCCAAAGAGGAACAUUGCAUCUUGGGAUCUGCUUUUCUCAAUGCGUAAUGCAAGAUGGAAAUAAAAUGCAUUUCAAGCAUUUUGUGCAAUAAUGAAUUCAAUGUACCAGCAUUGUGGCUUCUCAAACUUUUAAAGCAAUCCAAGAUAAGGAAGACAGUCUAAUUCGACUAUGGGGUGCAGCGCUCAUCUCGUUUUUCAGGCCAAGGGAACCGGCGUUUGUUCACAGACAGCUUUCCGGGUCAUGUGGCCAGAAUGACUAAACCGCUUCUGGAGCUAUGGGACACUGUGACAGAAACCAGAGCACACAGAAACGUGUUUACCUUCCCGCUGCAGCGACACCUAUUUAUCUACUUGCACUGGUGUGCUUUUAAACUGCUACAUUGGCAGAAACUGGGACAGAGCAACGGGAGCUCACCCCAUCGAGCAGAUUCGAACUGGACCUUCUGAUCGGCAAGCCCAAGAGGCUCAGUGGUUUAGACCACAGCGCCACCCACUCCCCUAUAUAUAUAUAUCCCACACACAUGCUGUAUAAUAUUUGAAGGGAUAUAUUCUCCACCUGCCCUGAGCCUCUUUUGGAAGACCUGGACCACUUACAUAAGGCGGUAUGGGUAGAGAAACAUCUUACUUUUCAUCAGAAGCCUAGGAAAUGACAGGUUAUAUAUAGGAUCAUAAGCAGAUUGCAGUUCUUCACAAGAAGGGGAGAGCAAUGUGGAUUUCAGCUUAUUUUGAAGCCUCGAGGGACCAAAUGAUCAAGCGUGGGCCUUCAGGAAUUUAUCUCAAUUUUAGAUUUGUCCAGAAUUGUGGGUGGGGAGCUGUCUUCUGCUUCAUACUGGUAUGGUGGAUGCCAGUGGCCAAGGGCUGGGAAGUACUCUCUGGGGUAGCUAAUAAGAACAUCAGAAGAGCCCUGCUGGAUCAGGCCAAAGGCCCAUCUAGCCCAGCAGCCCGUUCUCACAGUGGCCAGCUAGAUGCACAAGCAGGACUUAGGAACAAGAACCCUCUUUCCUCCUUUGGUUUCCUGCCAGUGGUAUCCAAAAGCAUUAGUGCCUCAGAAUGCAGAGCUGCCUUGUAGAAGAAGGGUUUAGCUUAGAACAUGUCUGGAUUUUCUUUUGGAGCAAUAAAGGGCUCACCAGAGUAAAUAGGGUCUCUGGUAGCAAAGUUAGGACCUGAGACCCUGCCAGAGGUGAAGAGUAUGUUGCUAGAAGGACCAAUGGUCGUGACUUGGCGUAAGGCAGCUCCUUAUACAACUUCACUCAGCUUUCCCCAACCUGAUGCCCUCCAAAUGAUUUUUAUUCCCAUUAUCCCUGACUUUUGGACAUGCCAUGACUGAUGGGAGUUGGAAUCUGAUAAAAUCUGGAGAUGCAUCAUAUUGUGGAAGGCUGCCCUAGGUCAAAAGGCAUUCCUUUGCCAUGCAAAGCAAUAACGUUUAAGGCUUGUUCACAUGUUACACUGUACACGGGUACAAGAUGUACAAGCGUUUGCAUCGUCUGUACAUAAUAGUUGAGCUGUGCAACCAUUUCCCACGUUCACUGAACAUUACAGGAGAAGUAUUUCAGUAUGCAGCUUAACAAUUCAUGUAUACAGAUACAGUGGUGCCCCGCAAGACGAAUGCCUCGCAAGUCGAAAAACUCGCUAGACGAAAGAGUUUUCCGUUUUUUGAGUCGUUCCGCAAGACGAAUUUCCCUAUGGGCUUGCUUUGCAAGACGAAACGUCUUGCGAGUUCUUGCGAGUUUGUUUCCUUUUUCUUAAAGCCGCUAAGCCGUUAAUAGCCGCUAAGCCGCUAAGCCGUUAAUAGCCGCUAAGCCGCUAAUAGCCGCUAAGCCGCUAAUAGCCGUGCUUCGCAAGACGAAAAAACCGCAAGACGAAGAGACUCGCGGAACGGAUUAAUUUCGUCUUGCGAGGCACCACUGUAGUAUACUUGUUGAAUGUAAAAUGGGAACAGCCACACACACACACACUCUUUGUCAUAUAUAACACACAUCUGUGCAUUCACACUUGAUAUUAUGGUUCAAUAAGCCACUUGACUGACCUUGCAGUUCCCAGAAAACAUACAUAGAGAAUGAAAAAAAAACACCACAAAAUGCGCAUAUAUGUACACCUUGCAGUGAGCUGCACUUAUGUCAGUAUUUUUCACCACCUGAUUUCCAUUGCAAAAGCAUUUUGAAACAUAUUUAAGGAAAUAACUUUGUAAUGUGUCAGGAAGCUCCCUGCUACACUUUAAAAUUGUCUCUGCUGCCACCAGUGAGGAUGUCUCAGCAGCAGAAGCAUUUUCUUUCAUUGAUCUUGGUUGUUCCUGAGAUUUAUAACCUGCCUUUCAUCAAAACGGCAACUGAAACCCACAAAGGGUUUCAGAUAGCAUUAAGAGCAUAAGAAAACACAUCACCUGUUACUUAAAUGAUAGCAAAAAAAAAAAGAGGCUAGGUGGAGGCAUCAGGGAGGAGCAUUCCAUAAGCUGGCAAAGAGCAGGAAUCUACCAAAACGUUCACCAGUAGCUAGGUAAAAGGUGUAUCUUUUGCUCUGGCCAGAACACAGAAUCAAGAAGUCUCCUCCAUCCUUAGGAACAUAGGAAGUUGCCCUAUACCAUCCACCCUUCCAUCCAUCUAGCGGUCACUCUUCGGGAUUUCAUACUGGCAACAUUCCCAGCUGCAUGUGGAGAUGCUGCGGACUGAGCUGUAGAGUUUGAAGGAGACCCCCAGGGCCACUGAGUUCAACCCCUUGCAAUCCAGGAAUCUCAACAAAAGCAUCCAUGACAGAUGGCCAGCCAGCCUCUCAGGUGCUCUACCGCAGAGCCCGUGUGCCUGGAGAAAUGGAAAGACUCUCUGAGUUUCUAGGGUGACUUCAGAAGCACAGGGAAAUGGCAGGGACACUCUCUGACAGCCUUUUCCAACUUGCUUCCAACUUGGACUCCCAGUUGCCCCAGGCACAGGCCCAGAACAGUGGGGGGGGGGGGGGCAUAUGGGCCACUUGGCCCGGGCCUCCAAUUCCAAAGGGCGCCUCAGUCAGCAUAUUCACAGUCGCAGGGGAUGCACUGGGGCGAACACAAGGAUUCAAGAAUUCGCAAAAAAGAAAGCUAGGAAAGCAUUUUUAAAUGUAAAUACUUAAAAUAACCCUUUUCCCUAUGUAUUUUUAAAAAGCACUAUUGUAUAUCUAUAUUUUCCAUUUUGUCUUUAUAUGCAGAUACGGUUCAAGCCUUGAAAUAAAAUUAUUUGUCAGCAUAACUUUUGUGAAAAUUAUAUAUAUACUUAUUUAUAAGACUUCAGUUAUCCCCAGGGUAAAAAAAAGGGGGGGCACAUUAUCUACCUGGCCUGGGCCUCUGCUGGCUCUACAAGGCCCUGACCAGGCAACAUGACCAAUGGUCAGGAAUUAAAUUAAAACCACGGGGUGUGGAAGCUCCUUCUAUGAUCCUCAUCAGUACUUCUUGCUUCUUCCUAUGAGGCAUACUGCUGGGGGUGGGGUGGAAACAAGGGUGUAGCUAGGAUUUUUUUGGGGGGGCAGAACGAAUAUGAUUGGUCAGUUAGUUAAGUAUUUCUAUUGUUUUACUUGAUGGGGGCAGCUGCCCCCUGCCCCCCCCCCGCUGUGCCCCUGAGUGGAAGCUCCCACUCCUGUCUUCAGCUGGGGAGGAGGGCACAGGUUUCUUACAUUGUUGUGGGACAAUGAUUUCAGUUUAAAAGUCCGCAUUAAAUACUGAUUCAAUUGUAUUUUUUAUUGCUUCCUUUUAUUUCUCUUUUCACAUUUUAUUCUCUUACCGUUUGCAUUUUGUGAGAUGUUGAAUUGUAAUAUGGCAGAACAUGAUAAAGGAAGCUGUAGAAAAACAAUUAAAAACCUUACAGCUUCUUCUAGCGCAGCACAUUGUGAUUGCUGCAACAAGUAGAAAAAUCAUGAAGUAAUCCACCAAGUUCAUCAAGUUGGGGGGUGGGCAGCAUUUGGGAACCACUGUGAAGUGGUACCGUUCCAGCAGGUCUUUGCCUUGUGACAGAUCAGGUCUCUGUGUUUGUGCCAACAGUAGCCAGACAGAUUAUUCAUCCAAUGCAGAGGUUGGGGGAAGAGGCAUCUUCCACCCAUGCAUUGGCCCACAAGACUCAAGGGAGGGAGGAACUGAAAUCGAAAUGUCACAGUCACAUAAGCAGGAGCUGUUGACAGAGGCUAACACAGGAAUCAGCGCCUGUGGCGAUGCUUGAUCAAGGCAAAACUGGGAAACUGGAUCUCUUAGCUUCCUUGUAACAUAUUGCUACUGUCUCUGAGCUUCAAAGUGUUGGUGCUGACCUUUAAAGCCCUAAACGGCCUCGGCCCUGUAUACCUAAAGGAGCGUCUCCACCCCCAUCGUCCAGCCCAGACACUGAGGUCCAGCGCCGAGGGCCUUCUGGCGGUUCCCUCCAUGCGAGAAGCAAAGCUACAGGGAACCAGGCAGAGGGCCUUCUCAGUAGUGGCACCCACUCUGUGGAACACCCUCCCAGCAGAUGUCAAGGCAAUAAACAACUAUUUUACUUUUAAAAGACAAAUGAAGGCAGCCCUGUUUAGGGAAGUUUUUAAUGUCUGAUGCUGUACAGUGGUACCUCGGGUUAAGUACUUAAUUCGUUCUGGAGGUCCGUUCUUAACCUGAAACUGUUCUUAACCUGAAGCACCACUUUAGCUAAUGGGGCCUCCUGCUGCCGCCGCGCUGCCAGAGCACAAUUUCUGUUCUCAUCCUGAAGCAAAGUUCUUAACCCGAGGUCCUAUUUCUGGGUUAGCAGAGUCUGUAACCUGAAGCGUAUGUAACCUGAAGCGUAUGUAACCCGAGGUACCACUGUAUUGUUUUUAGUAUUCAGUUGGAAGCUGCCCAGAGUGGCUGGGGAAACCCAGCCAGAUGGGCGGAGUAUAAAUAAUAAAUUAUUAUUACCGUAUUUUUCGCUCUAUAAGACGUACUUUUCCCCUCCUAAAAAGUAAGGGGAAAUGUGUGUGCGUCUUAUGGAGCGAAUGAAGGUGGGAGGCUCUGCUCAGCGCUCCAUUUAAAGAGCCACAUGGAGCACGCGGCUCUGUCCCUUCCCCCACCUCCCAGAAAAGCCCCCAAGAGCCGUGCUCUCUUUAAAGAGCACACGGCUCUUGCGGGAGGAAAGCCAGUAGGCUUGCUUUCGCCGAAGCCAGAAGGGCAAGAGGGAUCGGUGCGCACCGAUCCCGCUUGCUCUCCUGGCUUCAGGGAUAGCCCCGCAAAGCCUCCUGAGCGAAGAUGGAGGAGCGCUCCCUCUUAGCUCAGGAUGCUUUGCGUUCCUUUCUUAUUUCUUGUUUUCCUCCCCUAAAAACUAGGUGCGUCUAAUCGUCCAGUGCGUCUAAUAGAGCGAAAAAUACGGUAUUAUUUUUACAAAUGGCUCAAGCAUGCCACUGAUGCUCUCUUUACCACCCCUGCUUUCCUCCUUCCUCUUGUGUUUUGGCUGGCUGGGAUGUGUCCUUGAAUUCAGUUACCCUUUGUCGGGGGGGGGGGGCGGAUUGUGGAAAAAACAGUGCACAAAAGUAAAAUGUGAGGGCCUUGCCUAUGGCCCUGACGACCACUAGAAGGAUUGGGGCCCUUGGCUGAGGAAAGGUUUCCCAUCCUUUAUGCAAACCCAAACAAGGUUGACAUGAUCCUGAUAGUCUCCUUUGAAGCUGCAUGCAGUUUAUAUGCAAGAGAUUGCCUCUUUGAAACCUUAGGAAAUGUUUCCCUUUCCAUGACGCCAAUGACUGUCUCUUUGGCCUUGGCCAAGGUACUUUUCUUCCUGUUUCAUUUGCCACAUCACCUCAUCCUCACAACUCCCACCUGUUUAAGAGGAUUCCCUGUCAAAGCUUGUGAAGCUCUUUGAAGUUUAGAAAUGCAAAUUAUAAUGAUUAAUGCGGGUUGAUCUCUCUUAGCUCUGCUGCCUCCCCAGGGCACCAGUGAUGACUUGAGGAUGUGAGGAGAAAGCUUCUUAAAUGGUCCAGGUGGGCAGCUUCUGAAAUUUUAGCCCAGCCCCAAGAGGAGUGGAGGCGACUGCACCACUGCUGAGAUUAGGGGUGAUUUUGCAGUUCUCUGAAUUUCUCCCCAGAUUUUUGAAUUUCAAAUUAUUUUAUUUUGUUUCAAAUUACUUUAUUUUGUUUUAUUAUGUGAUAUGUCUAAAGUUCUCCAUUCUUCCAUUAAAUACACAGAGACACACAGGGCUCUUUGCCCUCUCUCUCAACCCCACCCACCUCUCUUGCCAACUUCCCACCUUCCCACCUCACCCCAAACCCACACAGCUCCUUCUGGCCUGGGCAACCCCCCCCCCCAAGCUCCUGACAUCCCUCCAGACACCCUCCUGCCAUUCCUUCCACACACAGCCACCCUUGGCAGCAUGUUUCAUCCCUCCCCCACUGACACCCCACUUCUUUCUACCCUUCCACAAUUACAGCUCCUUCCAUUUGCUGCAGGCAAAUUUAAUAGUGGGGGGGGGGGCAGGUGCUUUGCCUAGCGAACUGCUGACCUAGUGGGCAAAGGGUCUUCCUGCCCAUCCAUUAAACUUCACUGCCAGCACAUUUAAUGUUUCUACACACACACACACACACACACACACACACACACACACACACACCAUCCUUCAUCCAGGCGAGGAAGAGGCAGGAUCAGAGUUCAAGGCAGACACAAACACUCAGGGAAGGUAUUACAUAAAGGUGGGAGAGUCCUGAGGGCCAGGUAGACUUGGUUCCCCCCCCCCUACUUUUUGCCCCUGGGCUUGAGACUUCCCACCCCUGAUUUAUACCCUGUUGUUUUGGAGAAAAUGGAGCUGGCUUUUUUCAAAAAAAAAAUCGUUUGUUUUGAUUUAUUUAAAGUGUUUAUAUAUGGUGUUACAAGGCAGCUUGCAGCAAAUCACAAUCUAAAACACACACACUUAUAAAAUCCAGUAUUUUGCAGGUGAAGUAUUUAUUUAUUAGAUAAUUAAUCUCUCCCACCUUCAUUACUGCUGUUUCCAGGGCUGCUGGCAUCAUAUCUAUUAAUUUAAUUAGGGCAUAUACAAGGAGAACCAGUUUUAUCCUUACAGCAACAGAUAAAAAUGUGAGAAACUGAGAGAGCUGCUGCCAGUCAGAGUGUACAGUAUUGAACAAGAUGGACUAAUGUUUACAAACAUGCAUACAUACACUGAGGUGAAAUGUUCGUUAAAAUGUAUAUAUUUGUGAAAAUAACAUAUAAAAAUGCAUCGUUUUAUGAUAAAUUUCUCCCCACUCCCUCGCACUAAGUCCAAAGCAUAUUUGGAUGGUGGGAAUCUCCCAAGUGUGCCCCAAGUAGCCAAGACUUCUUACUGCUGACCACGUUAUCCAGAAUGACAACCCUCCUGCAAACACCUGUAGCAGGUGAUGCUCAGAUAUUAAUACCAGCUUGGGGGGAAAAUUACAUCUUUCCUAGAAAACACAUAAUUUAUCUUAAAAACCAUUGUAAACUGCUAAAGUCAUUAGUUGGGUUGGAAUAACAUCUGCAGUUUAAUGCUGAAUUUUGGAUAUAAUGGAGAUGUAAAAGAUUUGGAUGCAGGAGGAAACGGUUAACAAAAAGGCCCACAAAGGUGAGGAGGGAAGUUCAGAAGAUUCUUUGGAAUCUUGUUUUUAUGUUGGUUGUUGGGCAAUUGAUUGUAAAACUUUAAACUGAAAAACUAAAUAAUUUUUUAAAGACCUCCAGCAGCUGUUAAAAUGCAAAGAAGAAAAAAGAAAAAUCACCUCUUUCCUGGGAAAGGGAAAUGUUUUUCAUGGUUUGAAAUAGCAAUGCCUGAUGCUUCAGAAACUUCAGAUAGCAGUUUCUUUUCCUUAUGAUAAAGCAGAAAAGUCCUCUUGGGCCUAACCUAUCUCAAGAGAGGUACAAAGAGAGUGUAGCAGAAGCAACAUCAAGAUAGGUUAAAAACAAUUUACAUAAGUGGAUCACAGCCUCAUCUGUGGGGAUAGUAUAUCUAGGGCAUGGGUAGGCAAACUAAGGCCCGGUGGCUGGAUCCGGCCCAAUUGCCUUCUCAGUCCGGCCCACGGACGGUCCGGGAAUCGGCGUGUUUUUACAUUAGUAGAAUGUGUGCUUUUAUUUAAAAUGCAUCUCUGGGUUAUUUGUGGGGCACAGGAAUUCGUUCACCCCCCCCCCCACAAAAAAAUAUAGUCUGGCCCACUACAAGGUCUGAGGGACGGUGGACUGGCCCCCUGUUGAAAAAGUUUGCUGACCCCUGAAUUGUACGGCAUAAAAUAAUGCCCAGUUAAGACUCCUAAAGCACAUUUGUGCCUUUGGUAGCCAAAGGAACUGCAAUACUUGGCGUUUACCAGGGACAGAUCCUGUUUUCAAGGAGGGAUAUUGACAGAAAUACAAUACAAUACAAAGAAAUACAAGCACAUCCUCCUUUGUGGAAAUAAAAAAAAAUGGGCAUAAAGCAAGGUCCCAGUAGAACUGCCAAUGUGUAUUUAUUCUCUUGGUGGUGAGAGGAACUUCAGCUUGUGGUAUUUACCAGGGGCAGGUAAAUCUUUUGCAGGUUAAUUACCGCUUGGGAUAUUAUUGUUAUUGUUAUUAUUAUUGAGGGGGAUUAAAGUAUUUAGUUAAACUGCACAAGGAACCCUUCCACUGCCAUCCCAUUACUGCUUUCCAAACAGUAAAUGUUGAUGAAUGUCAUUUGAAUUUCAGCAGCUAGUCCCUAAGAAGUACAAGAUCCACGGUGAGAUUACAAACAUUCUGCUGUGCCACCUGGGCUUCCUUUUCUCUCAGACUCUUGGAAGUUCUGGUCUGUGGGAACUCAGAUGCGUGCAUGUCCUGAUUAACCCAGAUUAUGAGACAUGGAGUCUAGCAGAGAAUCAGCUCUGUGACUGAAGCCACCAUUUUGCACCUGGUUCUAGUUGGUGGAUUUCAGGGUUCCAGUGAAAAACAAAUAAGAGCCUUCUGCCCGCACCUGGACAUACAGGUGUCCAACAUCUGCCAGAUUAUCUGCUUUAUAACCAUCCUGACCAGACAUAGGGUCAAGGCAGGUCAGUGGUUGCAGCACCAUGGAUAGCUCCAAGCAGGCAACUUGCUUCAACAAAGGGUCAUGAUGGUGAACUGAGACCUUGUUCAUCUCUUCCACAGUCUCCCAAGGGCCUGAAUGUUCUGGUUCCUAAAGGGCCAGCCCCAUUGCCUGGAAUAUGGUUGCUUCUUUGCCCUUUUGAGAGCUCUGCCUGGCAUGCUUACUGUGCUGUUGGGUGAGACUCAAUUCCUCGGAUGAGCCAAGCUCAAGUGUAGGCAUCUGUGAUGGUUCUGAUUGAGGAUUCUGGCCACCAGUCUCAGGUCCUGUGGGUUUCGAACCACCAGCAUCAGGGGGGUGGAGCUGGAUUCAGGGGGUGCUUGUUAAAGGGCCCUCUGGAGAACCCCUGUUACAGGGGUGAGGAACCUUGCUCAGUCUAGGGGCCACAUUUCCUUCUGGGCUACCUCCUGUGGGUUACAUGCCAGGGUUAAAAGUAGGUGGAGCAAUAUCUUCUAUCCAAGCAAGCAAGCAAGCAAGCAGGAGGCACUAUCAAUGUUCAAGACAUAUUCCAGCCAGGCAAAAUGUGUGCUCUGGAGAGAAUUCUAAGGGUAAGACAGAGAGGCCCUGAGGUUCCCUAUCCCUGCCUUGUUAUAUGAGCUGGCCAGCUCUUCUAUUUAUGAUCCACCAGAUCAGCCAGAACAGACCUUGCCAGGGUGCUGAGGUCCUGCCACCUGCCCAAAGUGGCCAUGGACCGAAGCCCCCUUCCCCUUCUCAGUUUUGGAAUUGAAGUCCCACCCCUCUUGUCUUACAUUUCCAUUUUCCUGACUGUGGCUGGGGUCGAAUGAGAUUUGCCCAGAGGGCAGACUGUGGCUGGGGUCGAAUGAGAUUUGCCCAGAGGGCAGACACACACACACACACACACACACACACACACACACACACAACACAAUUUCUCCCCCCCCCAUUAAAAACAGCCUCUAAAUUAGGGGUGGGAAAACAUUUUCAGCUGUGGGGUGGUCUGUCUGCCACUGGUGGGCAGGGCCAGAGAUGAAAGUGAGUGGAACGUUGGCAGAAGUGUGCAAGGCAACAGAGGGAACAUUUGUAAAGUAGCCAUACUUCUCUCAUACACCUCCUUCCAGGCACACAAGAGGCAUUAUCACAGUCAAGGCACAUAACCCAGCCAGGUAAACCCACUCAAGGAGGAUGCAGCAUAGAGCAGUGAGGGCACGAACUGGAAAGAGUCCUGAGGGCUAGGUAGAGAGGAAUGGAGGGCUGCAUUUGAAUCUAGGGGCUGAAGUUCCCCAUUCCUGCUGUCAGCUUCCAAAUCUCAGGGGGACUUUAUAGCCAGUCUCCAGUCCAGUGCAAGGAAUUGGGAUUGUGUGCCCAUGUGUGUGUGUGUGGGGGGGGGGUUAGGAGAGAAAAGAAAUGAAUUGCCCACGUCACGUUUAACAGCAUAGAAAUCUCUAUGGCAUUCAGCAGAAAAGGAAUGUAACCCUGAAACAAUCAACCAGAUUUGGAAAGAUCGAAACAGCCCUGGGUGCAUUCAUGCGCUGUCAGUGUGUUUGCAUGGGACAUUGUUUGCAGACAGCAACAUGCAAUGUUAGCAGAAAGUCUGAUCAGCCAGCCUUCCCCCGCCCCCAAAUCAGGCAGAAUGUGACUGUUUUGCUUUUGGGUGCUGCCCAAUCCAAUAUUGCCCCAGUCCCUUAAGAUCAUUCCGCAUGUUACCAAAUUCCCAUUUGCAAGGUAGGUUUAACCAACAGAUAUGACAGGCCUACUUGCUUAUCCAUCUUAUUGUUACAUGCAAGAUGAUUCUCUGCCUCAGGAUUCAGGAAUGGCUUUUAGCUCAGUGACAGAGUGCAUGCUUUGCAUGCAGAAGGUUCUAGGUCCAUUCCUUGGCAUCUCCAGGUAAUUCUAGAAAAAAGCACUCUGGCUGAAACCCUGGAGAGCCUUUGGUCCAAGGGUGGUUUAACAGUCAGUUCUUCCUCCCAGGGAAUUCUGGGGAUUGUAGCUUUGUGAGCACUUUUAGCACCUUAACCCAACCCUGGUUCCCAGGAGGGGUUUUUUGGGGGGUGGGGUGGGAGCCAUGAUAUGAUACUGCUUUAAAUUUAUGGUGCAGAUGGUGCCAACAUUAGGUUCCACCUUCCUGACCAUUGCCCAGGCUGACUAUUGCUGAUGGGAGUUGGAAUCCAUCAACAUCUGGAGGGCUGCAGGUUCCCUUGCCCCUGACUUAAUAUGCGCAGUAAAAGUUUGUCAAUAUAACAACAGUUAAUAAAAAGCAGAUUGAAAGAAGUAUGUCUUAAGUGGGUUGAGCAAACGACCAGGGAUAGGACUUGUGGCAAUAACAAGGAACUGCCAAAUGUCAGUGGGUUGCUAACAGUACAUUGGGAUAGGAAUUGCAGAAACUGUCUUUCCUAAAUUGCUUCAGUUUUAAACCAGCAACAUUCUUUUGCCUCUGCUAACCAAAAGAGUUAGGAGUGGGUUGGGGUUAAUUAGGUUGAGAUCCAGAGCUAAGGAUGUGUCAGUGGCCUUAGACUCAGUCCUCUUCCCAUAUGGAGUUUGUGGUCAUUGGCCUGUUUUACAGGGCUGUUCAGAAGGGUUACUGAGGUAAUAUCUGUUUAAAGCAGCUUUUGUACAUGUUGGGAAAGCAGGGAAGAUAUUUCGGAAUCUGAUGCUUUUGUUGGUUAAAAAGAUUCCCCAUUGUUUUUUAACUUCUGGUAUGUCAACACUGACUUAAACGGUUCUCAUCUGCUUGGAAACUUAUCUACUUCUUCUAUUCUCUCUAAACUAGGGUGAGAACUUGAUGGAGGUUGUAGGUGACAUGCUUUUUGAGGAUUCACCCUGUUUUGUUUGCAUGGGAAUUAGAUAGCAUUGGCUAUUUUAUGGGAAUUCAUCCUGAUUUGUUUUUGGAGAGGUUAGAUGGCGUUCUGUCAAAGCAAGUGUUAUCAUGAACUUCCAGUGCACCCCCCCAUCACUUUCCUUAUGGCAAAAAGUACAGGCAGUGUGGUGUAGUAAUCAGAGUGCUGGAAAGGCACCUGGGAGAAUAGUGUUCAAAUCCCUGCCCCCCUGCUCAGCCAUGAAGCUCACUGAGUGGCCUUGGGCCAGUCGCUGUUUCUCGGCUUAGCCUACCUCACAAGGUUGUUGUGAGGAUAAAGCGGGGUAUGUGGCAAAAUGUCCAUGCCUCCCUCAGCUCCUUAGAGGAAAGGUGAAAUAUUAUAAAUGCAAUAAAAUGAAUAAAAACAAAGACCUCCCAACCCACUGUAAUGGUGCACGUCAAAUUUGCCAAUACAUGCCUGAACCCCGCGUGAAAAGAGAAACAACGUGAAAGUGUUCUUAGUCCAGGGAAUGGCCAGGAAUAUUGAAAAUCUGCCAUUCAACCAACAGUUGCAGACUUAGGUAAAUCAAAAAAGCAGUUAGCAGUGAUGCUUGCUCCCAGGAUUGUGAGUGACAGCCUCUGCUAAGGGUUCUGAGACUAGUGAGCGGGUGCUUAGGGGCAGAAUUUCCAGCCCCAGCUUCUCAUAGCUCUCUCCCUUUCUUUCCCAAAAUAUUGCAAUCCCGGCUAUUCUGCAAACUACCCUCCUUCUCACCUGCUCUGCUCUGUGCUGCUGGACAGAGCUGCACUGAGCAGUGUUGGCCAUUGUCUGAGUCAGUCUUGCUGCUAAUAUUGGAUGUUCCAAAUGUGGAGAGGGGGUAGAUUUCCCCUGUUGUCCUGUUACGCCCUCUGAAGCUCUGUGUGGCUGUGAGAAACAGGUGGUCCCUGACCCCCUUCCUCACCUCUGGCUCAGUGUGGUGCAAUGGACUGGACUAAGACCCGAGAGAUACCAGGGUUUACAUCUCCAAUUAGCCAUGAAGGUUUCUGGGUGAUUUUAGACCAGUCACAGCCUCUUAGCUUAGCCUACCUCACAAGAUUGUUGUGAGGAUAAAAUGGAGUGGGGGCAGGGGGGAAUCCAUAUUGAGCUCCUUGGAGGGAUAGUGGAAUAUAAAUCUAAUAAUAAAUAAAUGUAUACAAUUGGAUUGCUAUCAGCACUGGCCACAGAUUCUGCUGCCUUGAGUCAGUAUAUUUUCCAGCCUCUAUGUCAGAAUAUGCCCUAGAAAAAAUUUCCUUCCACUUCUGUUGGCACCUAUACAUCCCUUUCAGCCAUUUCAAACAAAACACCUUUAGCACUGCAGUCAGUGUCCUCAAGGCAUUUUCCACCUGCUGGCCUCACAAGAAGAUUAUCCAUGUAUCAGGAAAGGUGGUAUAAAUGUAAUAAUCAAAAAUAAAUUCCAGGAUGUCACCCUCACCAGAGGGCAAUGGAAUACAGUGGUACCUCGGGUUACAUACACUUCAGGUCACAUACGCUUCAGGUUACAGACUCCACUAACCCAGAAAUAGUACCUCGGGUUAAGAACUUUGCUUCAGGAUGAGAACAGAAAUUGGGCUCUGGCAGCGCAGCAGCAGCAGCAGCAGCAGGCCCCAUUAGCUAAAGUGGUGCUUCAGGUUAAGAACAGUUUCAGGUUAAGAACGGACCUCCGGAACGAAUGAAGUACUUAACCCGAGGUACCACUGUACUAGCCAAGGCAAGGGUGGUGACCAGAAUUAUGAGACAUAUUUUAUCAUAUAUGCUAAUAGUUAAGUUUCCCACAUGUGGAUCCUUAUGUGGACAAAAUGGCACCUGCCACACACAUACCACAGGAGAGAUAUCAGAUGUACAAACAACUUUUUUUUAAAGCACUAAGCAUAGGGGACCCCCCUCUCAAACAGCCAGUGAGGGUUGGGCAUGCCCAAUAGAAUGCUGCCUGGUUGGUUUUUUUGGCAGGUUGUGAUGGGGGAGGAAAAAUAAAGCUACAAGUGAAAUAGAGUAUCCUGGAAAAGAGUAUGGCUGGCGGGCUGGAACCCUGACCAGGAGUACUCUGCACAGCAACAGUUUCUUGCAGCUCCCACUUGUAUGUUCAGAUGUCCUUUUUUCACUGCAGAAGGCUCCUCCAUUACAGCCAUAGGAAGAUUUUGGGUGCCCUGGUGGUAUUUGAAAUAUGCCCUUGAAAACAUUCCCUCCUCCUCCUCCUCUUCUUCCUGCAUUAUCAGUCAGCUAUGGGUCAAUCAGUCAGUCUUCCUUCACCUACUCCUUUCCCCUGUUUUAACGCUGUUGCAUCCAGUCCAUGCAUAUUUUUAUUGACAUCUGUGCUUUGACUACUGCCUGCCUGAUAUUAAUUAAUAACAUCACUGAGAGUCUGUGUUUUCGUACUGUAUUAUUUAUGGAAGCGGCAGCAUGUAAUGCUGCACAGCUGAUUAAUGCCACAUGCAUUUUUAAUAUACUCUUCUUUUUUUAAGUUGUGUGAUCUCUGCUAAGUGUGUGUGCUGUGUGUUUUGUCACCAUUGAUGUUCCCGGUUUGUUCCACAACUUAAACCUUUAGUUCUACAGCUCCCUUUAAUCAGUUCUCCCUCCCUUCUCUGAGCAAACUUUAAUCCAUUUUUCAGUAUUCAGGCCUCUCUCAUUGUUUUUGUCACUUUCAACAGUCACCCUCUGCUUCUCCAGACGAACUGUUUGUUAAGGAUUCUUCCUGAUUUAUUUAUUCAUUUAUUUUUGAAUAAUUUUUGUGGGAAUGUUAGUUGAUGCCAGAUAUUUAUGGAGUAUUCAAUCUGACUUCUUUGUGGCGAGUGAGACGGUGCUUUGCUGAGCAUGAGCUCUGCCAAACUUUCCAGUACAUUUCCCCCAUCGAUUUCUUUAUUGUGAAAAGGCCAAGGGGUUAUUUUGGUUCAAGGAAAAAUAAUAGGUGUAAAAGGAGAAUCCCCUGGGUGCCAAGAUCCAGGUUUGGGGGCAAGUACUCUUUGGCGAGAGUACUCUUUCUGCAGAGAUUUAAAAUCACAAAACAAGCAGAAAAGCAAAGUGUGGGAAUAUAAGAGCCACGUGGUCUAAGCUUAGAGAAACCAGCCCACACCUCACACGUUGAGCUAUUCAGGUAGACUGGAAGAGAACAAAAAAGCUUGAUUAUCUAUGUUAUGCAGGGCAGGGGGAAGAGGUCUCCUCACUGCACAAGAGCGCCAAGUCAACUUUCAUUGUAUGACCUAAAUUUGCCAGUAUGUGACCAGGUCUCACCAGACACUAGCAACAGCAGGGGUAGUCAACAUGGUGGUCUCUGGGUGUUGUGAUCUGGAAUUCCUGUUGUAUGCUGGCUGGGGUUGACUGAAGUUGUAGUCUAAAAUACCUGCAGGGUACCACACCGGCUACCCCGCAUUUGGAACUCCCUCCCUGGAGAAGCCAGACUGUCUCUCUCCUUGUUGUCUUUCCGCUGGCAGGUGAAGACCUUCUUGUUCCAACAGGUUUUUGGAAACUGAAUACUUUCAAUGAAAGGGCUGGUGCCAUGCUGUUCUCAUUGUAGUUAUUUGCAUCCUGUUUUAGGGAGGUAGGUAGGUAGGUAAUUAAAUAGAUGAUGAUGAUAGAUAGAUAAAUGGAUGAUAGAUAGAUAGAUAGAUAGAUAGAUGAUAGAUAGAUAGAUGAUAGAUAGAUAGCAGAUCAAUAGCUAGAUCAGAUCUCAUUUCAAUAUACUGAAGGCAGUGCUCUUAAAGUCAAUAGCUGAUGAGGUUUAAAGGGUAACAGCCUGGGUUUCCUAGGGGUUCCCCCCUUUCUUUCUGAGUUUAUCUGAUUUGGGGAAGUAUGACAGAACCACAUUUAAAAAAAAAUAUUUGAGAAAAUAAUUUUGCUUCAUACUUUAAUUCACUGUCUCAUUGGUUUGCCGAUCUCCAUAGUAAGCACCCAACAGAUUAAAACUGGUUUUGGCUUUACAGAAAGGUAGUAAAUUAACAAGGAAGUUUAUGCUGAAGACUAAGACUUAAAACUUUUCUAUGCAACUAUGCCUCUCUCUGCAGAGUAGUUUUAAAAACUGUCACUUGUGGAUUCAUGUGAGCUAUUUAGAUGGCCCGGUGUGACUUCUCACGCACAUCCCAGCCUUUUAAAGGUUUACAACCUGGGUGAAAUUAACUUGUUUCAUAAACAAUAACUAAAGACCAUUAUGUUUUCUCUAGCAACACACAUUACAGAACUGUUCUUUGAAAAGCUCUGCUAUGGAUUUGUUCUAAAAGCUUCAUCCAGUGUAGCUGAAUGUGGGAAGAUUUCAGGACAGACGAAAGAGAGAAUUCACACAGCACAUACUUAAGCUGGGGGAUUUUGCCUUAUGGCCACUGGCCACUGACUGGGAUGGCUUUGAAAGAGGGCUGGAAAAUUCAUGGAGGAUAAGGCUGCCAGUGGCUGCUAGAUGCAGCGGCUACAUUCUAACUUCAGCACUGGAGGCAGUUAUACUUCUGAAUACCAGUUGCUGGGAAUCACAAAUGGGAAGGGCACUGUUGUACAGUGGUACCUCAGGUUAAGAACUUAAUUCGUUCUAGAGGUGCAUUCUUAACCUGAAUCUGUUCUUAACCUGAGGCACCCACUUCAGCUAAUGGGGCCUCCCACUGCCGCCGCUGCGUGAUUUCUGUUCUCAUCCUGAAGCAAAGUUCUUAACCUGAGGUACUAUUUCUGGGUUAGCAGAGUCUGUAACCUGAAGCAUCUGUAACCCGAGGUACCACUGUACAGUGGUACCUCGGGUUACAUAUACUUCAGGCUACAUAUGCUUCAGGUUACACACUCCACUAAGCCAGAAGUAGUGCUUCAGAUUAAGAACUUUGCUUCAGGAUAAGAACAAAUCAGGGUCUGGCGGUGCGGCGGCAGCAGGAGGCCCCAUUAGCUAAAGUGGUGCUUCAGGUUAAGAACAGUUUCAGGUUAAGAACAGACCUCCAGAACGAAUAAAGUACUUAACCCGAGGUACCACUGUACUUGAGUCUUGCUUGCAAGCUUCCCGUAGGAAUCUUCUUGGCCACCAUGAGAAUAGGAGUUUGGACCAGAUGGCCUCCUUUGGCCUAAUCUAGCAGGGUCCUUCUGGUAUUCUUCUUAUGUGACAUUGGGUACUUUGGCUUCUUUCCCCCAUCAUUUUCGCAUUGUAAUCAUCCUCAAUUGUUCCUUAUUGUCCUCCAUUUUGAAUAUCAUUUUCUGGGUCUCCAUAAUGCACAAUCAGGGGCACUGAGUGGGUCUCCCACUCUUAUGCACCUCUGUUGUGUCGCUCUUCCUACCUAUUUUGUAUGUGAGAGAAGUAUUUAUUUCUUUUAUUUCCAGCAGAACCCUAUAUUUGCUGACUCAGAAGUAAGUCCUAUUGAGCUCAGUGGGGCUUAUUUCCAGGUUGACGUGCAUAGGACUGCUGGUAUAGAAUGCCUUUAAUGGUUUUCUAGGUGUAUGCCAGCAUAAAUUAGAACAAGGCAAGGUGUAUUAUAUACCGUAAUAAGGAGAGAGAUGUGACUGCAUUUAUGCUGUACCUUUAAAGCAUGCCUAUGUCAUUUAACCUCCAUGGCUUCCUCCAAAGAAUCCUGAGGACUGUAGUCUGUUAAGGAUGCCGACCUCAAUAAACUACAACAUUAACAAAUUACAGUUCCCAGGAUUCUCCAUGACAGUUAAAAUGGCUUCCCUUGUUCUCUUAGAAUGGCAAUGGCGCCUACCUGAGAAGUACCAGAACUGAGCUGGUCAAAACCCUGAAUAUCAGUCUUUUGGCCCUUUGCAUGAAAAAUGUGUGUUCUGCCACUGGGCUGUGGGAUUUCCCCCAUCAGUAAUGCAUUCAGGGCUGCAGCCCUGGGUCUUUUGUUGCAGGUUCUUGCUCUCCUGUAUCUUUCAUCUGGUGAGUACACUGCAAAAAUCCGGUGCUGGAUUUUGCACCACCUUAAUUGCCCAGAGGCACUUAUAUACCUAUCGAUCAGCAUAUGUCAGUCUUGUGCAAAUCGGUGUCAUGGGCCUGUGCCCUGGAGUCUAAGCACCUAGCAUGUCAGGGGUGGAGAACAUCAGACUUGGGGCGAGUCCCACAGGGUGGGGGCAACCUGCUUCCCUCUGGCACUGAGAAAUCUCCCGAGGCCACGCCUGAAGUCUGCAUCCCUGCCAAAGUGCUUUUGCCUGGCUUGAAUGUGUCCCUUGAACUCUGUUCGUGCCUCUUUCUUGCCUGGAGGAAGGACAGGGAAGGGUGUGUUCCUACUAUACAAAAGGCAAUAUUUACAUUUUGUGAUUUGCUCACUUACACCUCUGGCCCCGCCCACCCAUGGCACGUGGCCCUUGGAACAUUGCCCAGGAGGGAAUGUGGCCCUGAAAAAGAUUCCCUUUUCAACCAAAACAAACCAUCUCUCUUGAGACACGGAACAUCUACCCAACUUCCCUUGGACUUCUAGUUCGCCCACUGUUCAUAGUUCCUGUUGACACCCAUUUGGUGAAAUGCCACCCUCCCCACCCAACUGUACAAAAGCCAUGCCCCUGAGUAUUUUCCUGGGACCCUCCCUAAUGGUGAUAAAAAACCAGAGCUAUCAACGCAUCACUGCAGCCAUGGAAAAAACCCCAAGGAAGAGUUUGACAGAGCUCCUGUGGGCGGGGGGGGGGCAGAGGAGGAGAGUUGCUAUAAAUAGGAGAAGAGACUCCAGGGAAGAAACAGGAGAUAUUAGAAGAAAGAGGGGAAGAAAACCAGAACUGACAAGAGCCAACAGGUCUGUUCUUGUUGAUUAAUUUGGGAAGCUUUGUUUACAAAAGCACUGGAACAAGAAUCAGAUCUCUUUCCUUUAGCCCACAGUCAAAAGAUUAAAUCACAUGGCUUUUUCUUUUAUACAAAAACAGCAGCAGCAACACAUUGGCAAGGUAGCUAACAGGGUGCCUUGUGGAUGCUGUUUCACUCCAAUUCCCAUCAACCCCAGCUGGGGUGGCUAAAGCUGAGGGAUGAUGGGAGUUGUAGUAUAGCAUCAGAACAAGCAGCAGCAGUUGAGAUUCCGGCAUUGCAGGGGGUUGGACUAGAUGCCCUUUGGGGUCUCUUCUAACUCUGAUUCUACCUGGAGAACACCACACUAGCUACCUCUAAGCAUUAUGGGAAUAAAUCUAGGGGCCAAACGAGAUGUUGGCGGUCGUGGUGCUGGAAGAUAGCAAAAGAAGGUUUUGCAAUUACUUACCAUCUUCACCUGGCCUCAUAGGAACAUAAAGAAAUUGCAUUGUAUUGAGCCAGACUAUUAUUUCAUCCAAUUCAGGAUUGUCUACACUGGCUGGCAACAGCUCACCAGGAUGUCAGGCAACCAACCCAACCGGGAGAUUUGAGAGACUGAAUCUGGAACCUUCUGCAUACAAAGCAGUUGUUCCACCACUGAACUGCUGCCUCCUUGUUGUGCAACACACAAUGGUUCAUUUCCUAAACUGGGAGGGGGAAUGGGACAAUGAGACAUGGUCAGGGGAGGGGGAACUAAGGUGGAGUUGGAGGGAGACAUCCUAUGAAUCGAUUACUCGUUCUGCUGUUAUGCAGCCCACUAAAAGAAUCCUCCUAAUAUCUCACAAGUGCUGAGCAUGUACUUAGAAAUAAAAUAAAAAGUGUUGGUGUAUAUACUGUGCUUCAUUUAUAAAAUGGGAAGAAUCUGGCUGAGAGCAAUGCUUCAAAAGCCCUCAUUUGGUCCUGGAUUUGUAGCAAAUACCUCCGAGUGAAAAGCUGUAGGAGGGUGGGAAGAACACUCUGCACAGAUUUUGGCUGCGCUCAGUAUUGGCACUCAUGCCUUGACACUGGAAAUUGAAGGAAAUAUACGCAGCCCAACAUUAGGAAAUUGUCUGGCUUGUUGGAGUUCAGGUAGCAACUGGCUCCACUUUCUAAGCCAACAUUUUGCACCUUGCUCUGCUUGCUGGACUUCAUGAUUCCAGUGAAGAAAAAAACCAAAGUAGAUCCCCAGGUCUGGAGUGGAAUAGAGUAUAGGGACAUAGGAGGCUUCCUUAUGCUGAGUUAGACACCUGAGUCCACAUAGUAUUGUCCACACUGUCAGUGGCUCUCCAGGCAGCGGUUUCUCCCAGCUACACCUGAAAACACCAGGAGAUUGAACCUGGAAGCUUCUACACGCAAAGUAAGGGCUCUGCUGUUGAGCUAUGACUAUUUUCUUUCAUCUGUACAUCUACUUGCUAUGUGUAACUCUGUCCAUAUGCCACUGGUUUCCUUUCUCCUUGUUACAAGCAGUGCUAUUUUUCUAGAAAAAGAGGUGCUGGAACUCACCAUGAACACCUCCUUCGUUCUCUUAGAAUGGCAAUGGUACCUACCUGAGAGGUGACGGAACUGAAUUCUGGUGAGUUCCAGCUGAAAAAAAGACCCUGGUUACAAGUGUGGACUUUCUGCUGCUCCUAUGAAUCCAUUUCCUUAAUCUGUACUCUGUUACUACAUCCUGCUUUUCUUCUCUUUCUGAAGAUGGUAGGGAAAGCAACAACACUUGGAGAAGGGACCUAGCAAGGACUAAGAUGACUCUUAGUCUAGCAAGCGGGAGGAGGAAAGAUGUGAAUGGAAUAUCCCAUUCCAUGCAUUCUGUGGCCAAAUGUGUGGUGUCUGCAUCUGAACUUUUCCACAGUGCCUUCAAGAGGACUUCAGUUCUCACUCUGCUGACCUGAAAUGGUAGGACAAUGAUAAUAACCCCUCUCAUAAAUACUUUAAAACAUGUGCUGCAGGCAGUGAACAGGAUGGACAAGGUAACCCAGCCCACUCCCUGGAGACUUUGUGACAGCAGAGAGUUUGUAGCUGGAACAUGACGAAAUGAAGUAAAAUACUAGUAACUUGAAAAACGGGCCUGCCUCCUGACCUUGUAGAAUAGGGGAACCUGAAACCUUCCAGAAGUUGAUGGACUCCAAUUCCCAUUAUUCCUGACUGUUGGAUGGGGCUGAUGGAAGCUGGAGAUCAAUAAAUCUGGUGGGCCACAGGUACCCCAGCCCUUCCUUAAACUGUGGUUAAUGUUAGCUGUGUGUUUAAACAAGCCAGCUUCAUAACCUAAAGGGUUGAAGUUGGCUUGUUAAAACAAAACAAAGCAACAACCCAAAGUUUACCCAUGGUUCAGAUGACACAUCAAACUGUGGUUAAGCAAAAACAGCAGGAAAAACUUCUGAUCUCCUCAUGACUAUGCUAGCGGGGGCAGGGCUGUUCAAGCUGAGGCUUCCUGAGGUUCGUUCUUCUCAUGUUUAAAUGAUGUACAGUGGUACCUCAGGUUAAGAACUUAAUUCGUUCUGGAGGUCCGUUCUUAACCUGAAACUGUUCUUAACCUGAAGCACCACUUUAGCUAAUUGGGCCUCCUGCUGCUGCCGUGCCACCGGAGCACGAUUUCUGUUCUCAUCCUGAAGCAAAGUUCUUAACCUAAGGUACUAUUUCUGGGUUAGCGGAGUGUGUAACCUGAAGCGUCCGUAACCUGAAGCGUAUGUAACCCGAGGUACCACUGUAUAGAACAUUAGCCAAUGUGGUUUCCCCCCAGAUAUUGCUGGACUCCACUCCCAUCAACAUAAGUCAUUGCCCAUGCUGAUUGGGGCUGAUGGGAGUUGAGAAUCCAGCAGUUCCUGGAAGGCCACAAGUUCCACAUACCUUGUUAGAGGGUUGAGUUAAAAACUGGUGUAAGUCUGUCAGCCUGAGAAGAUUCAUUGUCUCCAUUAGGGUUGCCACAUCUUGCUUUUAAAUGUAGUGUCCCCUAGCAAAGCCCUUAUCUCUAUUUCCCCUUUUUCUUAUCCAGCAGAUCAGUACCAUACCAGCAUAUGCUGCAAAUCUCCAUAAUUACUGGGCAGUUAAUUUUUCUGAGGCUCGCUGCCUCUGUCCCAGGUUUUUAUUUUUUUUGCCUUACAGGAUGCCUCCUUGAAAUUCCACUAGGGUCAGAGUUCUUGGGGAGGUGGACAUAGCUCAGUGGUAGAGCAAAUAUUUUGCAUGCAGAGGGUUGCAGGUCCCGCGCUUCACAUCUCUUGUAGGGUGGAAGAGGAAACCCUGGGCAGAUAUUGCCAGUUUGUAUAGAGCCGGGUAGGGAAGCUCAGGCUCAGUGGCUACGUGCAGCCCCUGGGACCUCAUAUCUGGCCCUUGUGAAUCUUCUCGCAACAAACAUUCCUCCACAGUCAUAUCUGCUCUUCCCAGCAGAUACCGUGCUUCACACCCUCCUUGAGUGUUUUUGCCUAGCUGGGAAGUAUCCUUGGAUUCUGAUCAUGCCUUCUGUUUGUCUGGAUGGAGGAUGAAGAGGGGUGUGUGAGUGUAUGUAGAGAAGGUAUUGUACCAAGGUAGCAUUCACAUUCAUUGCCCCACCCACUUUUGUCUCUGACCUCACCCACCCCUGGCAUGCAGCCAUUGGGCUGAAAUCUUCCUCACCUGUAAGAGGUGAGCCAGCAGUAAAUCACACUGUGCAAGUUGGAGUUAACUCUUUAUUAGCAAAAACCAGAUCUGAACAGGAGUGUCAGGCAUAAUGAGCAAAGGUCUUGCCCCCAUGAAGCAGUUGUGGAGACUGAAGGUCUCUCCUCUCCUGGGUUUUCCCCAAGCACUCUGAGACUUCACCUGUGUGAAGCUAACUUCUCUGCCUGCUUCAUGCCUCUCCUGGUUCUGGGAGACCAGGGUGGAGGAGAGCUUGUCGCAAUUGGAGGGGGAGACACCCAUGCCUCUUCACCAGCCAAACUCAUCUCUGCCUGUUGGCCUCUCUCCUCUCCUGCUUCAGCUUCUGCCUCUGAUUCUGCACAGCUCUUUGUCACAGAGUCCCCCUGCUCACUAAGCCCUGUUAUCUCUUCAGCUUCCAACACCUCCUCUUCCUAGUCUUCUCCCUCUGACCACUGAUCAUCAUCCCACCACCAAUCCCUGGGCCCUGACCUUUCUUCCCUUGGGAGUUCCCCAGCUUGUUCCUGCCAAUAUUCCUCUGUGUCCAACCAGUCUAUGUCAUCACUCCUAAUGUAGACAAUACCAGGUUAGAUUGACAAACAGACUUGCUGGCAUAUGGCAGUUCCCCAUAUGACGAGAAGAAGCACCAUAGCUCUCUGGCAGAGCAUGAGCUUUCUGGUCACAUGAUCCCAGGCUCAAUUCCCAGAGCUGCCAGUCAUUGUAGACAGCACUAAGACAAGUUUCCUGUGAUCUCCAGGGUUCAGCCUCCCUCUCCCGGUCCUGAGCAGUUGACUAUCUGGAGGGGGAAGGGCACAUGUUUUUUGUAGUGCAUGCAUAUUAAAUAUUGGAAUGCCAUGUAGAGCACUUCAAACAGUUGAUGUGAGAAAAGGGUAGGGUUGGGUAUUCUGGAGGAAAUAAGCAAGUAAUGGGUGGGGCCAGAGGCAAAAGUGGGUGAAAAACAGAUGUGAAUCUUACCUUGGUGCAGUAGGCUACAUUCCAGCCAUGCAAAAACAAAAGUUUUCUCCCUGCACACCCAUACACCUUAUCAUUCAAGCAAGCAAAAACCAUGAUUGGUGUUCAAGGACACAUUCCAUGUAGGCAAGAAUUCUCAUGAGAAGUGCAUAGCAGGGCUGGUGAGAUUCUCAAGAGCCAGAGAGAGGGUCUGGGUCUCUCCCCCACCCCACAUCCUUGUUCCACCACUCAUUUCAUUCCAGGAGGGCUGUGAUAGUUAGCAGGGUCAGCACUUGUUGCAUACGGGAGCAGCAGCAGGAUUUUCUGGGCCCAGUACACACUUGGGCUCUUCGGUCCACUCGCAAAAGAGGGCACAAGCCUUUGCAAAAUCUGCACAUGCUUUGUGCAUUAUGCAAAAUCAUGCCCUCUUGCUGAAGGGUUGGAAGUAGAGUUUGGAAAUGGUUGGGGGGAUUCUCUCCAUACCAUGUCCCCUCCUAAACCACACAUCCUUCUCCAGAGGACACCCCCCUCACUGGCACAGCUUUUUAUUGCCCUUGUAUGGUUUUCCUGGCUGCAAUCUGCCCAUGAAUUCUGAAAAUGAUUCCUGCUCUCCUGGAUGUAUGGUAGGGAGGGAUGUGCAAGUGCAUGUAGAACUAGUUUGCCGUAGAAAGGUAAAAUUAGUAUUGGUUGCUCUUCCAGCUUUUGCCUCUGACCUUGCUCACCACUGACCCCCACCGGAAGGUUACUCAGGAGGCAGCAUGGCCCUUGGGGUGAAAAAUGUUCCCCAUCACCUCCCUGGUCAAUGUUACUAACAUUUCAAACCAAAACAAAGCCACUGUGCUGGAUGCAAAUAGAUAUCCACCCUCACAUCUGCUUCACCCCCUAGUUUACACAAAAGCACCAAUUCACAGUACCCACAGGGCUUGACUCUGUAGCAUCACUUAAGGCAGGGCUUGCCAAUGUGGUGCUCCUCAGGUUGGAGGACUGCAAACCCCAUCACCCUUACUAUUGGCCUUGCUGGCUGAGGUUGAUGGGAGAUGGAGUCUGACGGCCACCGAAGGACAUCACGUUGGCUGCCCCUGACUUAGAGGACCAGUCCUGUGCAGCUUUUUCAGUGCAGCCCUGAAUUACUCAGCUGCUCCCACCUGCCCUCCAACAGCAACACAAACUGGAAAACCUGAACCAGUCUAGAAGGCACCUUCUGCAUCCAUCAGUAGCAGCACUGGCAACCAGAUCUGGUAGGGUGGCAAGUGAGAGCAUAUGGGCUCCUUCAGAGGCAGCCCCACAUCACCCUAGCAGAUGCUGAUGAUGCUGAUGCUGAUCUCUAUGAGCAAGACCCAUCCUUCGCAAGAUGGGAGCAUGGGAAGCUGCCUUAUACUGAGUCCACGCAGCUCAGUAUUGUCCACACUGACCAGCAGAGUAGAGCGUGUUGAAUAUUUCAGUUUACAAAUUCCCAAAAUGGGGGGUGAUAAAACAUUGUAACAUGAAUUUGAAGGAUAUUUUGGUUAAAUUAAUAUAAUUUAGUUUUGCUUGGUAAGUAAAAUGUGUGUAAAAUUGCACAGAUAUCAAUAAAAAUGAUUGCCAAGUACUUGUGGUAUUAUUAUUAUUAUUUAGCAUUACCUGACAUUUUCAGAAGGUAAAAUUAAAAUUCUUUGUUUUCAGAAAGCAGUUGAUGUGCUUUUUCAUCAAACAUAGGUUUAUCAAGUUAAAUGUUGUCCAAUCACCAAAAAACCAAUAGAUUGGAAUUCCUCAAACCCAGAAGAAAUUUGCAAAAAUUAAGCCCCACCCCCUAAAAGGACAUGCCCUACUGGCAAAGGCUCAUCAGGGUUCCAGACAGGACAUCCCUAGCCUCACCUGGAGAUGCCAUUGAGGGUGGACCCUGGAGCCUUCUGUUUGCAAAGCAGGUGCCAAAAGUAGCUGGAGGCUGGCACCAGGCAGCUAAUCCAGAAGCAUGUAAACAAAGGCGGUCUGCACUGGGCAGAAACACCGUAUCUUCAAGGUCAGCCUGGACACCCAAAGUGCUGGCUAAACGCUGGGUUAUUCCCAAGCCAGUUCUGGCUCACAGUCUCUGUCAAUAAACCCAAGGCUGGCUCCAGAUACACACUGGGGGACGGGGGGAGAGUGAGUUAAGUAAGUUCUUUGUGUGAUGUCUCUCUCCCACCCCCGCCUGCAAACAUCUCAAAAUCUCCGACUUCUUGGAUGUUUACUACUACUUGAAGGCCUUUUGACAUUUUUAAAAAUUAUCUUUUGUGUCUGCCUGAUUGUUUGACUCUCCCCCUCACCUCCCAGCUGUUCUUUUUUCAAGAGGCUUGUUUGUGCCAAGAGAAAAUAAAUUCCAAAAAUGAACUAAGGGAUAAAUAAAGAGGCAGCCAAACUAUUCUAAAGAGAUCAGGCUAGUGGCUGUUGUUCCUCAAGAGAAGAUGUUGUCUGUAAGUCAGGGGGUAUCAUCUUCCCCAUGGACCUGUCAAUUUAAAUCUUACUUUUGUGGCCCCUUUCAUGUUCUCCCUCCUUCUAAAGUUUGGGGUCAUGACUGAUACCUGUACAGUGGUACCUCAGGUUAAGAACUUAAUUCGUUCUGAAGAUCCGUUCUUAACCUGAAACUGUUCUUAACCUGAGGUACCACUUUAGCUAAUGGGGCCUCCCACUGCUGCCGCGCCGCCUCAUCCUGAGGUAAAGUUCUUAACCCUAGGUACUAUUUCUGGGUUAGCAGAGUCUGUAACCUGAAGCGUAUGUAACCUGAAGCGUAUGUAACCCAAGGUACCACUGUACUGGUAUAGGUCUGUAAUGAUGUGGGCUUUUUGUUUUUUGUUUGUUUGUUUAAGGGAGGGGCCUUUUUAAUGAGAUCCAGGUGUCUGGAUCAGGGAGCUGCUUUUUAAAAUUACGGUGGUACCUCGGGUUACAUACGCUUCAGGUUACAUACGCUUCAGGUUACAGACUCCGCUAACCCAGAAAUAGUACCUCGGGUUAAGAACUUUGCUCCAGGAUGAGAACAGAAAUCAUGCUCCGGCAGCGCGGCGGCAGCAGGAGGCCCCAUUAGCUAAAGUGGUGCUUCAGGUUAAGAACAGUUUCAGGUUAAGAACGGACCUCCGGAACGAAUUAAGUACUUAACCCGAGGUACCACUGUACUACAAUACCUCCAGCAUAGUGUCACUCACUGUGGAGCAUUGUGAGAGAUUGAAAUGCUGGCAUCACCCAGAUGCCUGGUGCUAAUGCCCUGCAUGUGUGGGCUUUCAUAGGAAGAUGCUUUACACUGAGUCAGACCAUUCGUCUGUCUAGCUCAGUAUAGUAACUGUGACUGGCAACAGCUCUCUGUGGUUUCCAUGACCUACCUGGUGAUGCCAGAAAUUGAAUCCGGGGCUUUCUGCAUGCAAAGCUAAUUCUCUACCUCUGAGCUACGGCUCAUGUGUUUUACCAGAGCUGGGUCAGAGGCAUCAUCUUGGAGGCAUAUGGAAAACUUAUGUUGACCUUUGGUGUGGCCAAAUAGGGUCUUGCAGUAGAUGACCCUCGUGGUCCUUUCCAACUCUGCAAUUCUAUUAUUUAUUUAUUCAUUCAUUUAACAUUUUGCUUAUUCAGUUACAGCAGAUUCAAUAAACCAACCACUGUCAGGUUGGAAACAACAGCAUACCAUAACGAUUAUUAAGCAAUAUAAUUCACCAUUAUCAAUCUUAGGACAGAUGUUUUUAACUUUUCUUAGGUUCUUAUGCCUUGCCCAGCACCUGUUGUGGAGGCCACAGUCAGGAAGAUCUGGUUUUUGGUUUUUCCCUUCCUCUCAAGUUAGGCUCCCAAAUAUGCACUCUUCCAGCAACUCCGAGCUUCUGUUGUCUCCUGUGGCCUAGGGGAUGCGGUGGGUGGGGGAAGAAUCAGGAAUCAAGACAGGGCUUGUGAUGGGAUCCUUGGGAGGCCUGGGUGACCCUCAUCCCUGAAGAGGGGCUCUUCCGACUGCUUUUCAUCUACUGCAGGUUCCUCCAGAGCUUUUAUGGGAGGAGAGAUCUCUGCCAAGGUUCUUCCUCCAAAGAAGCCUCUUCAGAGACUGGGUCAGGUGGAAUCUUGAUGCCCCCAAUGGUGCCUGUCCAGCCAAUGUUUUCCCAAAACUGAAGGACCCUGAACAGGGCUGUAUCUAUGGAGGCAGAUGUAGAUAUCUGAAUGAUGGCCUCCUUCCCUACGAACCUUCUUGGCUGUUAAGGUUGGGACUUGAGGGUGUGUAGUUCCAUUGCUCUCAGAGGUUCAGGAGUGGUAGUGGCCCAGGAAAAGACCUUAUGUGGGAGUCCCUGAGUUGUGGAAUUUCCUCCCCGAAGAGGUAUAUGGCACCUUCAUCAUACAGCUUUUGCUUACACUGGUCUUUGACACUAUAGAUUGAUUGACUGAUUGACAGGCUGAUUGAUUGAUUGAUUGAUUGAUCAUUCAUUAGAUAGAACAUAGAUAGAACAUGGAGACAACCCUCCCUAUUCUUCUUUUGGUGAAUUGUUUUAACUGAUUUUAACAUUGUAUUUUGUACAGCUGUAACCUACCCUAGGGCUUUAUGGUGAAGGGCAGGUAAGAACAACAAAUAUUACUAGUUAGUAACAAUAAUCAUGUCUUGUGAAGGAAGUCGAGGAUUUCUUAUUAAUUUCGGAGGCUUCUUAUUAAGCCUCUAUUUUCCUCUUUCUUUUGUUUUUAAAGCUGAACUGAAACAAACCAAGCUGCAUAAUUGAUGCAAGCUGCCAAAAUUCUGCUUCCACUUCUGCACAAUUUGGGUUAGUGGUGCAGAAAAUGAUUGGUUUCUGGAAUAAAAAAUAAAAAAGUACUAGAUCCUUACCAUCCUAGAUAUGUAGGAUCCUGGCCGUUUAGGGCUUUAUUUUAGCGUGCGCGCGUGCACACACACACACACACACACACACACACACAGCACAACUUAAAUUGCACCCCAAUGCUUUAAAGAGGCAGCUGCUGCAAUUUCCAUUCCCCCCCCCCCGCUUUGCUUUUUCUACAAGCUUUGCAGAUCCAGGAGGCGGAGGGGAGAUGCCUGGUCUCCAGAGUCCCUCUCUGCCCUCUUUCCAAGUGCUCAGUUUACUGCGUAAAAUAGUCCUGGCAUUUUUUUGGCACAGGUUCCUGCUCAAGCAGUGACACAGCAAAAAGAAAGAAAAGGGGAUGAACGCAUUGCAGCAGCUGGCGCUGCUUCUGUCACUGGGCCAGUUGACGUUGAAAGAGGAAUGCCAAGUGCAUAAUUACACAGUGGAUGCCCAAUACAUCUCCAUGCCAGCUCCCUGCACGUGUGAGUUGAUUGGUGUGAGCUUCCGUCAACGGAUGGAGAAUCAAAGGAGCUUGUUCGGAAUCACAUGGCUGGGCAGUAUGAAACUGGCAUGGCUGGUUUUUCUGGCACUUGGCUGUGUGUCCAAAUUUGCUUGGGUAAACAUAUUGGAAAUAGUGUGAUCUGCAUGGGAUUCAUUGUUAGGUGAGCAAUGCUGUAGAAGGGGACCCCAGGCAAACAGAAGGGCUUUUCGAUGGGCCAAUCAGCUGAGAGCACCCAGGAAAUACCACUCCUGCCUUAGCUGAGGCUGGAUGCCUUUUCCAUCUCCCUUAUGAUACAGCUUUACUCCCUCAGUUUUCAAAGGACUUUCGGAAGGAGGGCAUGGGGAAAUCUCAGCAGGAUUCGUGGUCUGGGUUUUCUGUGCGUGACUUAGAUGGAGGGAAGGGGUAAAAUGUAACCAGGCUUUCGUUCUCCUCCCUAGCUUAGCUCUUAGGGAGAACAGACCUUGAAAGUGUCCCUAUUUUCCAGGUACAUCCCUGAUUUAGAGAAACCAUCCCGGUUUCUGAUUUGAUCCUGGAAUGCCCCACUUUUCCUUAGGAUGUCACUAUUUUCAUUGGAGAAAUGCUGAAGGCUAUGGAGUUAUCUGACCCCCAAGCAGUCUGAAGGCAGUAGUGUAUAGGGAAGUUAGUGUAUAGGGAAGUUCUUUUAAAAAAUGUUUAAUGUUUAAUUAUGUUUUUAUGUAUGUUGGAAGCUGCCCAAAGUGACUGGGGCAAUGCAGCCAGAUGGGUGGGGUAUAAAUAGUAAAAUAAUCAUUAUGAAAUGGGAUGUCCCUAUUUGGACAAUUUGUCCCUAUCGGACAAAUGUUGGAGGGUAUGGGGAGAAUGGCUCAUUCACCCUUUGUCGAGCCUCCCUUUUUCGUUCUGAUUUCUGUUCUGCCUCCUUCCUUCCAGCCACUUUGUCUCCAUGUUCCCCACUCAUUGGCUUCCAUACUUCCUGAAACCUCUUCCCUGACUGCCUUGCCUACAAAUGGGGGUUCCAUGAUCUUCGGUUGUAGCUGUAGACAGGCAGAGCCAACUCUAGUUUUGUCCCCAUCCUCCUCCCUACUAAAUUAUAUAAAGGCAGUACAGUGGUACCUCGGGUUAAGAACUUAAUUCGUUCUGGAGGUCCAUUCUUAACCUGAAACUGCUCUUAACCCAAGGUACCACUUUAGCUAAUGGGGCCUCCCGCUGCCGCCGCACGAUUUCUGUUCUCAUCCUGAAGCAAAGUUCUUAACCCGAGGUGAUAUUUUUGGGUUAGCAGAGUCUGUAACCUAAAGUGUCUGUUACCUGAAGCAUCUUUAUCCAAUGCUUUGGAUUGAAUCUAAUCCUCUGCUACUCAGAGUAUACCCACUGAGGUUACUGGGCAUGACUCUCUCUUUUUAAAAUGCAGUAAAAUGGCUACAUACAAAUUCAAUAAAACACAGAAUACAGCACAAAAUAACACAUAGUGCAACAACAGCAAUUCUAACACAUUGUGGCUGGUUUUUGGAGUUGCUUUGGGCAUGACUUUUUUAGGUUCAUUAAUUUCUGUGGGUGUACUCUGAGUAGAACUUAGUUGCCUACAACCCCGUAAAGACAGAUUUAAUAACAUACCAUCAGUGUUGUUCAAAUGCCUUUGCCUAGCUCUGAAAUGGUGACAAUGCUGGCAUCAGACAGGGCCCUCUAGGGAGAGCAUUUCAUGCCUUCAUUGCAAUUCAAGGCAAGCUAGAUUUAUUUUGGUUGCUCAAAAUUCUUUUUAUUUGCGUGCACCACACUUGAGGUUUAGAAAGAAAAGGAACACCCGGUUUAGCAAUAUGUUGGAACCAACGGGGUCUCGGUUUUGCUGGAACCAGUUUAGAUGACUCAUGUUCCUUGUCUUCUCUGUCCUCCUUUUGCUUUGGAAAGUCUUCUUGUUGAGCAACAAAGCAAGGGGACCGGUGAGACUGGGAGUGAAAGCCCUCUCGAACAAGUAUUAUAGUGGCAGCAGAUCAGAUAAAAGCUUUCCUUUUCAUUUCUCCACACAAGAUGAUCUCACAAGAGUGCCAGCGGGCUGCUUUAAAAGAGAAAAGAAAAGCUAAAACUGGACUGUUUUCUUUUUCUUUUUUAACCUAGUUUAAAAAACUCCCUGGGCUAGAAACUUCUGUGAAUCUUUUCUACAUAGAAUUGUAAAGUUGGAGGUAAGAACAAUGGUCAUCUAAUCCAUCCCCCUGCAAUGCAGGAAUCUAGAAUCUAGAAAAAUGGCCAAGACUGAAGUCUGAUGAAGGGAACAGGCUGUGGUCAGAAGAACGUCAAGCUGUUCCAGUGCUAGUCCUACUUAGGACCCAUUGAAAUAUAUUACUCUGACUAAUUUUGGCCUAGUCAUUUCAACAGGUCAUCUCUGAGUCUGUCUUAGUUGGAUACAACCCUUUACUUCAUGAUUACAUUUAUAUCCAGCUGUUCCUCCAUAGCUGUGCACUAACCAACCGCUUUAUGCAGGUUUGCAUGGGCAGAUGUCUUGCCUUGUCUAAGCUCUUGGCUUGCGAGGGGCAGUAUGUCAUGCCAGACAUACUGCAAGGUCAAUUGCAGCCCACCCAGCUAAAAGCAACCUGAGUUAUUUGUCCCUGCUCAUCACCACAAGUAGAUCACUUUUAUAGAAGGCCUGGUGCUUCUUUAUUGGCUGGGAUGGUUCAAGUCUUAGGGUCAGAUGACGGUUUGAAGGCGCGGAGUGAACCUAGAAGGCAUCCAUGAGCCACAAAGCCUAAAUUUACAUGUUUUGCUGGGACAACAAACAAGUGGUGGUGCAGAAAACACAGUGCUGAAGAAUGGCUGCUGGUGGGGUGUGUGUCUGGUUUGAGACUCCCUCCACAUACCCUAUGCGCUUUAGAACCAGUGGUGGUGUAGUAGUUAGGGUGUUGGACUAGGACCUAGGAGACCAGAGUUCAAAUCCUCACUUAGCCAUGAAACUCAUUGGGUGACCUUGGGCUCAUCACUGUCUUCUCUCAGCCUAACCUAUCUCACCUGGUUUUUGUGAGAAUAAGAUGGGGAGAUGGAGAACUAUUUUUGCCACCUUGAGCUCCUUGGAGGAAAGGUGGGAGGAUAUAAAUGCAAAAAAUAAAUAAAAUAAAAAUAGUAUUUACCACAUAGCCUCAGCGCUCUGACCAUAGCACUUGUGUUCUUUAGGGCAUUGUUGCCCUAAAACAAUGAUGUGUGGCAGAAAGUAGGUGAAUGUGCCCAUUUCCCAGCCCCUCUGAAAAGAGAUGUUUCAGGGCAUUCAUCCUCAGGGAGAUGUAUGAACUCCAGGUGCAAGAGAAAGCUUCUGCAUCUCAAGCCUGUAGGGAUUCCACUGCCAUCCAAUAGCAGAUGUUCCUUCAGACUAUGGCAGAUGGGAGAGAAGGGAAGCAGAGCCACUUCCUUGGCUUGGCUGAGGCACCUGCUCUGUGAACUCCUUUCCAUUCCAUCUGAUUGUUAGGAGAACUCUGCAACUAAGGACUGUUGCCUGACGGUUGUGUGUGCACAGUUCUACUCAGAGUAGACCCACUGAAAUUAAUGACCCUGUGUUAGGAAUUUCCAUUAAUUUCAAUGGGUCUGCUCUGAAUAGGACUAGAAUUGCAAACAACCUCCCUCUCCUCUAUCCCAGCAUUUCCCCCCUUUUGUGUUAUGUCUUGGAUUCUAAGCAUGAGAUCAGACACGGUCUUAUUAUUGAUAUUUGUAAGCUGCUCUGGAAACCUGGUUUUUGCCAGGGGGACGGGGCUGAGAAGUGAGAUAAAAAUGUUUUAAAUAAAGUGUGUGUGUGUGUGUGUGUGUGUGUGUGUGUGUGUGUGUAUAUAUAUAUAUAUAUAUAUAAGUAUGUUAUAGCUUGCUUCAGAACAGCUCUAUCUGCAUUCUGCAGUGCUUUGCUGCAUUUGGUUGAGUACAAAAACAGCUGAGAUCCUGCUGAAUUCUGCCUGCUCUGUUGGCUAGGGACUGUUCCUCUAAUUAUUUUGCUCAACAUGCUUACUUAUCGGAUUGCCUUAUCCCCUUAUCGUGUUUGCUGGACUCUCCAUUUUCAGUGCUGCUUUUGCAUUAAUUAUAUCUGCAACAGAACAACGGGACUUAAAAGCCCACAGUUAAUUUAUUUAAAUGACAUCCAGUAGAUUAACCUCCUAGGUUUUCGUCUGCAACUUUAAGACUCUGCCUCGGGUAGAGUCAGACUGUCUACCCACACAGCUCAUCUGCUCUGACUGGCAGCAGCACUCCAAGAUGUCAACUGGAUGUCUCUCUUAUCCCUUUCUGCUUUCUUUCCAGCAGCAGAGGUCAGGACUUGAACUUGGGACCUUUUGUACGCGUUCUGUGAGCCAUAACCCUGCUGGCGAAGGUCCAUUUUGAAUGCGCCCUUUCAAGAGGGAGUUUGGUUGCUCUGAGAUUCCGCAUGGAUUGACUGUGCAGAAGGCAACCAGUUGUGUUUGGGGGAGGGCCAUAGCUCAGUGUGAGAGCAUCUGCCUUCCAUGCAGAAGGUCCCAGGUUCAAUCCCUGGCAUCUCCAGGUGGGGCUAGGAAUCCCUGGAGAGCCACCAACUGCCUGUGCAGACAAUACUGAACUAGAUGGACCUGACUCUGUAUAAAGGCAGCUUCCUAUGUUUCUAGAGCUUCUAUGAGCACUUCCAUUCAUGCAGAAGGUUACAAGUUCAAUUUCUGUUGUCUCUGAAUAGGGUCAGGUAUUACUGUAUUUUCCCAUGUAUAAGUCCCCUAUUUUUGGGGACUCCAAAUUAAGAAAACACCUCUUAGCACUGCCCAUGUAUAAGAUGAGCCCCAAUUUUAAACCAUUUUUUUUGGUAAAUAAACCCCCUAGUCUUGUACAUGGAAAAAUACGGUAAUCCCUGCCUGGAACCCUGGAGAACCAAUCAGUGUAGACAAUUGUUGGCACCUAUCUGUCUUGAGACAAUGGAGUGCAUCUCCAGGGAUGAAGUCUAACCACUGUGUUAGCAGUAUGGAAGUGACCUCUUUGGGGUGCAAGCCUGACAAGGUCCUGGACUGCCCAGAUGACCAGACCUUCCUCUCGGCUUUGCUGCUGGGGUGCAAAGGAAAGCAGAGCAAGACGUUUGGCCCCAGCUUGACUGCAGGAGUUGCCAGAAGGAGGCGUUCAAUGCUCCAUCCAACCAUUUUCGGAACGCUACUUAAUACUUGUGUAGGGUUUACUCCUUAGCCUUUUCAUCUCUCAAAUAUAUCCUGCAAGGCAGUGGAGGUUUAGGAUCAGAGUUUUCCUCCUUCUCCCAGAUGGGCUACCUUCCCAGGUUGACAAGCCCCAUCUGCCCCUCACUUCCCUCUACAGCACCUGCAGAAACCGCCAUCUUGACUGUUGGACUCAAAAUUAGUCUCGUCUGCUCAAUCUGCCAGAGCCUGUCUUUGCAUGCAGAGGAAGCCCCUAAUUGAAAAAGGGUUUGAGACCCAUCAACUACCCUCACCUAGUCUGGCUGGCCAGAUGAAACUGUUUCCUGGGGUGUGGUCACUGUUGCAUGGUGACAGCUUCUAGAAGCCACAGGGGAGAGCUGAGAGCAGGGUGAGGACCAAAGGUGGACAAACUACCUCAGAAGGAGCAUGAUGUGUUCUCCACCAGAGGUAUUACCCUUCCCCUAACAGCACACGUAGACAGUCCUGAGCUAAUUUAACUUGGUAUAAGGCAGUGUUCCAUGUUGACUCUUCAGCCCCAAACAAUUGCCGUGUUCCUCAGGCAUUGUUGGGCAAAUCCAUUUUUGACAGAGUGACAUGAGGCGUCUCCUGAUGCAUGUCCACCUUCAACAGCUUGGAUAAUCUUUUUGCAGAGCCAGCAGGUGAAAAGUGCCUUGAGGCUGACAGUUUUCUCCUUCCUUCAACACCUGGUCCUGAGUCAGCCUGAAACUGCCACCUGGGUGCUCACAGAAGUGGGAGCAAAGUUUUGCGAGGGCAUAUGAGCUGGGUCCGUGUCUGCGUGGGUCAUACGGAGGCUGAAAAAAAUAUUGUUAUUGUGCUACGCAACUCGAGACCGCUGGUAAUUUGACUGCAUUGAUAGUGAUGCAAUUUUAUCCAUGUAUUUAUUAUUAGAUCUAUAUCCCACCAUUCUUCCAAUGAGCUCAAGGUGAUGUACAGUAUAUGGCUCUCCUCACCUCCAUUUUAUCCUCACAACAACCCUGUGAGGUUGGGAUAGGCUGAAAGACCGGGAUUGGUCUAAAAGCCACCCAGCAGGCUUCAUGGCUGAAUGGAGUUUUAAACCCUGGUCUCUCCCAGGUCUUAUUCCAGCAAUUUAACCACUGCACCCCACUUGCUUGCUAUAUAACCCUACUCUGAUAGAACUGGGAGCCCACCUGCACUACACAUUUAAAUCAGCAUCAUACCACUUUAAAAAGUCAUAAGGUAAAGGUACCCCUGACCGUUACGUCCUGUUGUGGACGACUCUGGGGUUGUGCGCUCAUCUCGCUCUAUAGGCCAAGGGAGCCGGUGUUUGUCCGCAGACAGCUUCCGGGUCAUAUGGUCAGCGUGACUAAGCUGUUUCUGGUGAACCAGAGCAGCGCACGGAAACGCCAUUUACCUUCCCACCAGAUUCAUCUACUUGCACUUUGAUGUGCUUUUGAACUGCUAGGUGGGCAGGAGCUGGGACCGAACAACGGGAGCUCACCCUGUUGUGAGGAUUCGAACUGCCAAUCUUCUGAUCGGCAAGCCCUAGGCAGACCACAGCGCCACCUGUGUCCCUUAAAAAAAAAAAGCAAAGUAUUCUGGGAACUAUAAUUUAUUAAGGGUGCUGAGAGUCAUCAGGAGGCCCCCUAUUACCCUCACAGAUCUACAGUUCCUAGAGUGGUUGAACAAUCAAUCCUUCUUUCCCUCAUUGUCCUGUAUGGGCCCUCAGUCACCCGUAGGCAAUAUGGGGAUAAUAAUUCUGCCAUGUUGUACAGGUUUAGUUAGUGUUGCCAUAUGUCCAGAAUUUUCUGGACAUACCUGGAAAACUGCAGAUGGAAGUCUGGGCGAAAAUUGUCAAAAUGUCUGGGUUGGUAGUGUCGUUUUUGCCAAUUUUACUUUGUUGUUGUUGUUUAGUCAUUUAGUCGUGUCUGACUCUUUGUGACCCCAUGGACCAGAGCACGCCAGGCACUCCUGUCUUCUGCUGCCUCCCGCAGUUUGGUCAAACUCAUGCUGGUAGCUUCGAGAACACUAUCCAACCAUCUCGUCCUCUGUUGUCCCCUUCUCCUUGUGCCCUCAAUCUCUCCCAACAUUAGGGUCUUUUCCAGGGAGUCUUCUCUUCUCAUGAGGUGGCCAAAGUAUUGGAGCCUCAGCUUCAGGAUCUGUCCUCCCAGUGAGCACUCAGGGCUGAUUUCCUUCAGAAUGGAUGGGUUUGAUCUUCUUGCAGUCAAUAAGACUCUCAAGAGUCUCCUCCAGCACCAUAAUUCAAAAGCAUCAAUUCUUCGGCGAUCAGCCUUCUAGCUUAAAAAUUUCAUUUUUUUGUGAUUUUGCCAAAAAAGCUCAAAAACAUUUGUGUCUGGAUUUUCACUUUUUGAAAUAUGGAAACCCUAGAAGAUAAUACUUGUCAAGCACUUUGAGCACUUGAAAAUGUGGCCUGGGAAUCUAGGGUCCAAAAGCCCUCCCCCCACAUCCAUGAAACUCACUAGGUGACCUUCAGUUAGUCUCUCAGCCUGCUUUACGUUACAGGACUACUGUGAGGAUAAACCGGCGAAGGGGAGAACCUUGAGCUGUUUGGAGGAAAAGUGGGGUAUAAACAGUGCUUUUUUUCUUUAAAAACAAACAACAUGUUUAGGGGUACUCUCAUUUUCCUACUCAUAUUGAGAUACUGCCCCUCAAUGACACCAAACUUAGAUUCACAAAAUGUACGUACCCCCAGAAAUAUAUAUCAUAAGUCAAGCAAAUUAAAGUAAAAUAAAUCUGUUGACUGCAGUAUGAAAUGUUGCCUUUUGCAAAGUGUGGGUGGGGCUAGAGCAAAAAAGGGGUAGUUCACCCACUUUUUAAACUUGCCCCUCCUCUCCCUGUUUCCUGCCCCGCCAUCCCUAGAUCGUCCCUCCAUCAUUUCCAUCUACAGUGGUACCUCUGGUUAAGAACUUAAUUCGUUCCAGAGGUCCGUUCUUAACCUGAAACUGUUCUUAACCUGAGGUACCACUUUAGCUAAUGGGGCCUCCCGCUGCUGCCACACAAUUUCUGUUCUCAUCCUGAAGCAAAGUUCUUAACCCAAAGUAGUAUUUCUGGGUUAGCGGAGGCUGUAACCUGAAGCGUCUGUAACCCGAGGUACCACUGUACUUGAAAGCAGACUGAGGGCAACAUAAAGUUCAGCAACUAAUUCACUAAGGGUUUGCUGCAGGUUCCUAACUUUUUGCCUUUAGAGAUGAGGAUUAUUAUAUGUCUUUUUUAUUUUAUCUAUCUAUCAUCUAUCAAAGAGGAAUCAGCCUCAGUGUGACACUGGGAAGAUUUGCCUUUUCAUGCUGCACUCUAGAUUAAACUAGGCAGCUGCUCAGUAUGUUUUGUACAAAUCUGCUUGCUUUGCAUAGGCAACCGGCAAUUUGCAUGCUUUUAUGCUGAACUUGCAGCUCGUGCUGAAUUUUUAGAUUAUUAUUUUAUUUCUGCAUUCCCACCACCCACUUCAAAAAAAGAAAGAAAGAAAGAAAAAAGGAGCAGGUUAUAGAUUUGUGGUGCAGUACUAUACAUGGAGAUCAGAAGAUAGAGAUAGAGAGAACACCAGAUGAUUAAGCUUAUGGUUACACAUGAUAGGAGCUGUGAGAAUUUAACCCUCUGCCCACCCCACCGUUGGUAGUUCAGCUUUUCCAAACUCGGUUGUGACAAACCAAUCCUCUGCUUUGUGGGAAAUAAAUGAUUGCUUAAGUUAGGCCGCGGUGGAGAACCUAUUUCAAUCUUGAGAACCACAUCAGUGGAGCUCAGACCUGUGUAUUUUCUAUUUAUCAAAGAUAAAGAGCAUAAAGGAAUACUGCCAUAGCAAACUGAAAGCAGCAGAAGAAUGGAAAUUAUCAGUGAACUUGUUUUUCCAAGACAUUACUAAAAAACACACAUUUCCCCCCUGUAAACCUCUUUUGCAUUUUUUAUGUAUUGAGGUUAGAUAGAUUACACAUUGCAUCUUCCUCCCAAUGAACCCAUGCUGGUGGAAAUAUCAGUACUAAUACAAUUAAAACUUCUAUAAACAGACAGUGAGGUAGGGUAGGUUCCCACAGGAAUCUGAUUGGCAUUGGUAGAGCACUACUGACAAUCGGCCUCGGUCCAGUAUAUCUGAAGGAGCGUCUCCACCCCCAUCGUUCUACCCGGACACUGAGGUCCAGCACUCAGGGCCUUCUGGCGGUUCCCUCACUGCGAGAAGCCAAGUUACAGGGAACCAGGCAGAGGGCCUUCUCGGUAGUGGCACCCGCCCUGUGGAACGCCCUCCCACCAGAUGUCAAAGAGAACAACAACUACCAGACUUUUAGAAGACAUCUGAAGGCAGCCCUGUUUAGGGAAGCUUUUAAUGUUUGAUGUAUUACAGUAUAUUAAUAUUUUUUUGGAACCUGCCCAGAGUUGCUGGGGAAGCCCAGCCAGAUGGGCGGGGUAUAAAGAAUAAAUAUAUAAUAAUAAUAAUAAUAAUAAUAAUAAUAAUAAUAAUAAUAAUAAUAAUAAUAAAAUAUAUAUAUUAUUAUUAUUAUUAUUAUUAUUAUCUCUUCCCCAGCCUCUUGGUGUACUCACUUCCCCCGGUCGUUUUGCUUGCCCUUUUCUGCACUUUCCCCUCUUGGCAAUGUCUUUUUGCAUACAUUGGCCUGGAAGCAAGAGAGGUUGCCACUUUGCCAAAAGUAGGCAAGUUUAGGUCUGUUCAAGGCCUUGCAGGGGUGCCAACUUGAAUUAAAUGGGGGGGGGGACAGGUAAGACCCACCCCACAUAAUAAAUCACAUGACACAGUGCACACACCCCAAUUGAAUGGCAGUGUCCAUCAACUUGGGAGGGGGGCUGACCCCCUCAAAUAUUUUAUUGGGGGAGCCGAAUACCCCUCAGCCCCUAGGACAGUGAUGGCCAAACUUGGCCCUCUAGCUGUUUUGGGACAACAACUCCCAUCAUCCCUAGCUAACAGGACCAGUGGUCAGGGAUGAUGGGAAUUGUAGUCCCAAAACAGCUGGAGGGCCAAGUUUGGCCAUCACUGUCCUAGGAGUUGGUUCUCAUGAGGCCUUGGGUGGGUGAAGACCCACAUGCACAAUGUCUUCAGUUUUUUGACAGAAGAGAGGCGGGUUAUAAAUAAAAAUAGCAUCCAUAGAUUCUAUACACAUUGCCCUGAGCUCUUUGGGGCUUAACCGGAUGCAGUUGUGCCUAGGAGAAAGCCACUGAAGGAGAUAAGAGCUGAUGAUGAUCUCACUGACUUUGUGAAUUUAGGGAAUGGUUUGUUUCUGUCUUCAGUUUCUUAAGAUGCCUUGUCAGCAGUUGGAAGGUUUUCCCUGUGAUCAUCAUUUAUUGAGGAGCUUAUGCACUGCUGGCAAGACAAGUCGAUGACAUGUAAUGUUUAAAGCGGGGAGCCGGGGGGGGGGCAGCAGUUUGCUUUCAUGAAUUGCUGCUAGAUUGUAGGGACAGCUCUUGAAUUGCUGGGAAGAAUGUCCUGGAAGGAGCUGAAAGAGCUCAAAGACAUUGCCCAGUUACGUAAAGCUUUUUACCAUCACCAUUGUUUGUUGUUUAAAUGUAUUAUCUGGUAGAGAAUGAAAAGCAUAAUGGAUUAUCAAGAAGAGGUACAAAAAUCAUAAAAGUUCAAAAUGAAAAGAGGGGUCAGGUUUUUCUUUUUAAAAAGAACAGUGAGUAUUGUUGGUAAAGCAUAUUGGUUAAUAUUGUAUGGAAAGUCUUACCUUCAAGUGAAAAAGGCUAUUUGUUUCCUCCAAUGCACUAUUACUACUAAACACAAUGAUAAUAUAGUGCUACUACUAAAAAUUCACACACACACACACACACACACACACACACACACAUAUAGGUAAAGAUACCCCUGACCUUUAGGUCCAGUCGUGGCCGACUCUGGGGUUGCGGCGCUCAUCUCACUUUACUGGCCGAGGGAUCUGGAGUACAGCUUCCAGGUCAUUUGGCGAGCAUGACUAAGCCGCUUCUGGCAAACCAGAGCAGCGCACAAAAACACCGUUUACCUUCCUGCCGGAGCGGUACCUAUUUAUCUACUUGCACUUUGAUGUGCUUUUGAACUGCUAGGUUGGCAGGAGCUGGGACUGAACAACGGGAGCUCACCCCGUUGCAGGGAUUCGAACCGCUGACCUUCUGAUCGGCAAGCCCUAGGCUCUGUGGUUUAGACCACAGCACCACCCCUGUCCCUACACACACACAUCAAAAAGAUAAAUCAUCUUAAAAGGAAUAAAAUAUGUCAUUUAUACGUGUACACAUGAAAUAUAAAUAUAAAUAUGGCAUUUUAGCCAAUGCUAGUUCUGCUCAGAGAAGAUCCAUUGAAAUUAAUGGGCAUUACUAACUUAAACCCAUCAAUUUACGUGGUUCUGUUCUAGAACUUAGAUGGAUAUACAAUGCCAUUGUAUACAAAAAAAUCAGUUGUGGUUUAAGAAGUGCUAUUAUUUUUUCCCAACAGCAUCCAGAUUCCAUGAGUGGAUGGGUGGGGGGCGGGGUGGGACUUGUUCAUAUACUUUGAUGUAUUUUUCACAAUAUGUUAGUUUUGUCAAGAAUGCUUUAUCCCAUACACUUUUAUAUAUGAGUAUUACAUGCAGCAAAUCUUCCCUCGCCUUCUAAUGAAGGAAGGAUUUGUUUCCUACAAUGUUUUUCCAAUAUUGAUGCAAACAGAUAUUAAGAAAUUACCAAUUAAUGCUUGUUUAACUCUGUAGUUUUAAUAUGCCUCCAAAGUAAUAUGAGCAAAUCUAAUGGCAGAACACAGGCAUUAUGAUUUUAUGACUGUAAUGGCUUUCGGGUGAAAUUAUUUACAUCUCUGCAUGUCCACUGGAUUCAUCAUAGAUCUACGUCACACCAGCACUUUGCAAUGGAAACUCCAUGUCUGAGCAACAAGAUUGAACUUGCUCAGCUCCCUUAAGGUGCUCUUCUGAAUUAAACUGCUGUUUAGUGAAUAAAGCAAGAGUUGCCAGGGGGCUUUUUGGGGGGCCAGGGGGCACAUUUGAAAUUUUGAGAAAAGUAUCGUGGGUGCCAGUCACAAAAUGGCUGCAAAGGAGAGGGGCAGUUGCAUGACAUCAUGCAAAAUGGCUCCUAUAUCUAAGAGUAGGCAAAGAGGCAGGAACACAGAUUGGUGCAGGCCUGCCAACCGCAUGAACUGCCACCCAAUCGUUUCAGGGAGAAGACACAUUAACACACACACUACCCCUCUGCCUUGGGCCAUCCCCUUAUCUGCUCCGAAGGGUUGUGGGGUGGCAGGGACUUAUGGAGCCCCCAGAACAGAUUUAGUGGGGGGAGGGGGUUGCAGAGGGGAGGAGAGGAGGAAAAAACCUUGUGCAAAUAGGUCAUUUUUGCUCACCCAAUAUACUACUCAGAGAUACACUGAACACAGCCUUGUCACUUUGUAAAUAUAGUGGUACCUCUGGAUGCAAACGGGAUCCGUUCCGGAGCCCUGUUUGCAUCCUGAGUAGAACGUAACACACGACUGCAAGUCUGUGUGUGCACAGGUCGCGUUUCGCUACUUCCUCACAUGCAUGUGACGUCAUUUUGAGCGUCUGUGCAUGCGUGAGCGGCAAAACCUGGAAGUAACGCAUUCCGGAGCGUAACCUGAAAACGCUCAACCUGAAGCAUAUUUAACCUGAGGUAUGACUGUAUACUCAGUGGCGUAGCAUGGGGGGUGCAGGGGGGGCGGCCGCACCGGGCGCAACAUCUGGGGGUUAGGGUUAGGGGUGCAAAUCCACAGGUUAGGGGGCGCAAAUUACUUGCCUUGCCACGCUACGCCACUGUGUAUACUGUACUUCUUUUUCAGUCAGGGCACUGUUAGAGCACAAGAUUGGAUCCUGCUAGUGGGCUGCAUCCUUCUCCCCCUACAUCUGUGGGCUGACUUUUGACUGCUGGGAAGGGGCUGUAAUAUUCCUGAUGAGGAACUCCCUAGUGCAGCCCAUUAUGGUAGGCCCAGUGUCAAGCAGCUGAUCGGUGCUGCCAGUGAGCCCUGCUUGCAAAAGGGAGCAGCCAGGAGCUCACUUCAAGCUAUCAAUUGUUUCUUUGUCUCUCUCCACACCACCCCACUGCUGUGUGUGUCUGCAGCCACCAACUAGCAAAUCUUUUCCUCAUCUUAAAAAAAGCAAUGUAGUUCAUUCAACAGCUGGAAGCUUCCAGGCGGUAUAUGAAUCAAUAAGGCCGGGCAGGGGGGCCCAAACUGGUCAAGUUGCUUUGCAAUGAGGUGUUAUAUACAAGGUGCUAAACUGGAGCAAGGCGUUCUUUCAGGCACUCGUUGUCUCACUGAAUGGUGGUUUUUAAAAAUCAUGGAAGAGAAGUGAGAGGAGGAAGAAGAAAAUAACAUUUUCUUGGAAGUUUUUAAGAAGAGAUCGGUUAGCUGUCUGUCACGGAUGACCCUGGGGUCCCUUCUAACCCUGCAAUUCUAUGGUUCUGUGACUCACUGGCAGUUAUUAACCAAAGACUGAAUGGGCAUCUGUCAUGGAUGCUUGAGUUAAGACUCCUGCGUUUGAGCUGGUUAGACUAGAUGGAGCCCCUUCCAACUCUCCCAUUCUAUGAUUCUAUCUGGGCUGGCCAACCGGGAGGCUUCAAACAGCCAGCCAAUCACAGCAGCAGAUUCCACACCUCUCUUUGCUCUAGUUGCUCAGUACACAGUCCCAUGGGAUGCUGUGUUGCUGAAAGCCAGAGGCCCCACAAGAGGAUUAUUCCUGCAGUGCAGGAGGGUUGGACUAGAUAACCCUCAGAGUCCCUUCCAACCAUACAGCUGAUUCUAUGCCCUUGGUAGGUGGUGGGCUCUCCUUCCUUUGAGAUUUCUCAGCAGAGCAUGGUUGGCCAUCUGACAUGGAUGCUUUUGCUGCGAUUCUUGCAUUGCAGGGAGUUGGACUAGAUGACCCUCAUAGUCCCUUCCAAUGCCCUCUUUCAUAACACAGUAAAUUCUUAGCUUACAUGGGUUUGAAAGAGGAUUAGACAAAUUCAGGGAGGAGGCAUCUGUCAAUAGCUGAUUGUCAUAAUAACUAGAUAGAACCUCCAGGUUCAGAGGUAGUACAGUGGUACCCCAGGUUACAGACACUUCAGGUUACAUACUCCGCUAACCCAGAAAUAUUACCUCAGGUUAAUAACUUUGCUUCAGGAUGAGAACAGAAAUCAUGAGGUGACGGCGCAGCGGCAGCGGGAGGCCCCAUUAGCUAAAGUGGUACCUCAGGUUAAGAGCAGUUUCAGGUUAAGAACGGACCUCCAGAACGAAUCUGACGUACCACUGUAUACCUCUUAAAGAUAGCUGCUGAGGAGCAACAAUACAGUGGCAUAGCGUGGGUUGCCAGUGCCCAGGGCUGUGUGGAGGUGGGAGGGAGGGAAACCAGUGGAGUACGCAUGCACAUUCAGCUGCUUAGCAGCAGUCACCCAGGAGAUUACAGCCGCAGAGAUAAGAAAAGAAGAGUUGUUCUGUUGUUUGGUGAGGUCACUUCCUGGUUCGCACGGAGAAGCCGUUUUCAACAGAGCCCAGUGAUAGAAGCAUGCAGCUACCUCAGUUGCAUCGCUGAUAACUCACUUCUGCCCCCCUAACAUAAAGCCCUGCCCCCCAAAAUAAAUCCUGGCUAUGACCGGGUGUUGGGAUUUUUCACCCCUAACAAUCUUGUGCCUGGGGCAACCGCCCCUGUGCCUUCUGAAGGAGGAGGUUGGACAAAUGAAACUCUUUCAGUUCUGGGUUUUCAAGGCUCCAAUUAAUUCUACUGGCUCUGACUUUCACUCAGAUCCUUCGGAAAGUAAAGUUUCCACGAGUUGUGCUUUCGAGUAUGUGUUUGUGUGAUCUGGAGGUUGAGGAAGAGAAGGGACCGUAGAUGAUGGUGCCCUUGGCAGUCGCUUAAAAAUCCAAAUGUGUCCACAUGCCUAAAAUGCUUGGCAACCCUUGUUGCCUUUUGCAGCAUGAGCAAACUACUGUAUUGAAAUCAGGUGUGCUUACUUCAGUUUCUAUAGGUUAAUCCUGCAAAACAAACAUUGAGCUUUAGCAAAAGAUCUUCAGCCAGCUGAAUAGCAACCUUUUUUUUUUUUAACAAAAACGUAUAUCUAAAAUCUCCAAGGGAGAUUAUACACAAAAUGGUAUAAAAUAUCUAUUAAAAAUAGCAACAGGAACAAACUUUAAAUAUGGUAAACAUAUUAAAAUGAUCAAAACACAAGUAAAAUUAAUAGAUAUUUUUAAGGAAAUAAUAAUGAUAUAAUUAUAUGUCUGGGUAGGCUUGCCUAAACAAAAAAAGUCUUAGCAGGCAUUAAAAGCAGUUCAAAAAGGAUACCUGUCUAAUAGGUUUGGAAUGGCAGCUAGUAGGUGGCACCACAAUGAAAGACCCAAAACUUUAAGUUAGAAAUGUAAAUAAUAUUUUCAUUUCAACUGCUAGUGUAGGAACCCCAUCAAAGAGAAGGGAAGAAGUAUCUAGUCGCUGCACAAUUAUUUUUUUGCUUUUUAUGGCUUCUGUGCCAGGGAUAGCCAACAUGGUGUCCCUCCAGAUGUUAGAAUUGUAGAGUUGGAAAGGACUGCAAAGGUCAUCUAGCCCAACCCCCUUCAGUGCAGGAAUCUUUGCUCAAUGUGGAACUCAAACCCAAAGUCUUGAGAUUAAGUGUCUCACACUGUACCGGCUGAGCAAUUCACAGUUGUUGGAGUAUAGCUUGCAUCGUCCCUGACCAUUGGACUUGCUCACUGGGGCUGAUGGGAGUGGAAGGCCAACUGACAGUAAGGGCUGUUUGACAGUGGAAUGGUCUCCUUUGGGGGGUUGUGGGCUCUCCUUCCUUGGAGGUUUUUGAGCAGAGGUUGGAGGGCCAUCUGCCAUGGAUGCUUUAGCUGAGAUUCCUGCAUUGCAGGGGGUUGGACUGGAUGACCCUCGGGGUCCCUUCCAACGCUACAAUUCUGUGAUUUGUGUUGUUACAGAAAUUACCGGGGAGGGCACAUCUUUAAAGUUGUUAAAUGUUACAAAUAUAAUGCCUGAAUGUAUCCUUUCAACUUGACAGCUCAGGGAAGUUACCCAGCUUUAAAAAACAUGUAAAAUCAACUCCAUUGCCAGAUUCUUCUAUUCCAACGCUAUUUUGCCCUUGAAAAAGGGACUCCAGGAAGUGGCCAGAGGUGACAAUUGCUGAAUUGAUUUUUGGCCAAGGAAAGCCUAAUGUCAUCACCAGACUUGCCUAGGGGUCCAGACAUGCAAAGGAAGUUCUACAGUGGUACCUCGGGUUACAUACGCUUCAGGUUACAGACGCUUCAGAUUACAGACUCCGCUAACCCAGAAAUAGUACCUUGGUUUAAGAACUUUGCUUCAGGAUGAGAACAGAAAUUGCGCGGGGGUGGCGCAGCGGCAGCAGGAGGCCCCAUUAGCUAAAGUGGUGCCUCAGGUUAAGAACAGUUUCAGGUUUAGAACGGACCUCCAGAAUGAAUUAAGUUCUUAACCCAGGGUACCACUGUAUUGUAUUUUGGGUGGUGGGACUUCAGAGGUGUUUGCCUAUGCUAAUCUUAUACCUGAGUCUUGCCCCCACAUGUUUUGCCUAUGCUAAUCUUGGACCAAGGACUCGUUUGGACAUGUUUGCCAAGGUUGAACAAGUGUAACCCCUGUCUACCCCUCCCCUUUGGUGACACGUCAGUGAUGUAAACAUGAUGUAUCAAUGAUGCUGUGCGAACUGUAUUCUGAGAUGUGGUGGGAAGUUUUAAAAGUCAAUGUUGCCCCAUGCUCUGGGUUCUCUCGCUGCUGUUGAACCUGUUGCUCAACAAUAAAGGAUCUAAGUCUACUGACUGCUGCUUCAAAUUGCUUGGCUGGAAUUUCCUUCUUUUACUGACCGCAUUUACCCUCGGGGGAUUGGUACCCCGACGAGCUGAACUGUUGACUAGUCUCUCACCCCAGAAUUUUCCUUAACACUGUGAUAACCUGGGUGGGGGGUGGGGCAGCCUUCCCUGGCUUUAUACUUUAUGUCACAAAAGAACAUGAAAUACUUGUUAUCACCCCAAUUUGUCAGAGCAACGAGGUUUUAUCAAUUUUACAAAGGAGCUCUUUGAUUGCUCCUGCAGUGAAAAUAGUCCUGGGGUUGUGUUUCCCUGUAUUCCCCCUCUAUUACAUCUCUGGUCUUCCAAGUAUGGUGGCUUUUUAAAAGGACGGUGGGGGGGGCAGUAUUUUUCCAGUUUUUAUGAUUAAAGUUAUACAUCAUGAGAGGCCCAUGAGCCACUUAAUGGUUUCUACCAUGACAAAGGAACAGCUGUAAAAUCAAUACUUUCUGCAUGUCUUGGAUGUGUGUAUUGCUUUUCCUUUAAAAAAAAUAAUUAUUUAGCUGCCAUGGUUAUGCAAAGAAAAAUUUAAAAAACAGCUAAGGGUUUGGAACAUCAAAAAAUAAAUUUGAAACAAAAGUGGCAAAAUUAAAUAAUACAGUGGAGGUGAGGAGGCUGGGGACAUCCAAGCCUCUAUUUGCACACCAUGCAUAUUUUUGCUAAUCUCCCAGAGCAAGCCUAUGGACCAAAGCUUUUGAAUGUCCCCCUCUCCUCCCACUGAUGCUCACUGCCCCAUUGAUCAGUGGGUGGUGAGGGUGAUGGUCUCCCCACCCACCACCCCUGCUAAUGAAGGAGGAACUUAGAGGAGUGUGAUUCUGUUUUCUACUUCCUCUUUCAGCUCAAGGUGCUUUUCACAGGCCUACAGGAUAUGACACAGGUUUAAUAAAACCUUUGAAAACAAACAAACAAACAAACAAACAAAAAUACCUGCAGGCAAAAAAAAAAAAAAAAAAAAGGUUGCUGAACUCUGUCCCAGGAGAUAUAGUUAAUUUACUCUAUGGGCAGCCUGCACAACCAAUAAAUGAUUAAUGUGAACCUGUUUCCGUGUGUGGGCGUGAGAGAGAUCUCCAUUUUAAUUCCUUUUUCUUUCCUUUUUUCAAUCCCUUUUGCAGACUUCAUCAUCUGUAACUGCAGUUCUGUUGGGAGCGCUGGCCCGAGCGACUGUAACACCACGACAGGACAGUGCGAAUGCCGGACGGGACACGUGGGUCUGCAGUGCGAAGGGUGUGGGGAAGGCUAUUACCCGGACCCCACAAGUGGGCAGUGCCGUUGGUGCGGCUGCUAUUCCGAGGGCUCCGAAUCCCUGUCCUGCGACAAGUAAGGAAUGGGGUGACAUGAGCAUCACCCACCACCAUCUUUGUACUUUCCCUUUAGACCAUGUGUUGGUGUUCAAGAGAGGGUUUGCUUCCUUGCUGUGCAGCUAUGCUUAUUCUCCCGCCCUAGAAUUAUAGCAUUGGAAAAUAUCCCUGGGGGUCAUCUAGUCCAACCCCUACAAUGCAGGAACCACGGCUAAAGGGUUCCUUUGUAGGAAGGGGAAAUCUUACUCAUUAAUAAUUUAUUUGUAGGUAUUCUGUUGAUUUUUUUCCAACGUAAGCAUAUGACUUACAAAAAGAACAAUAAAGCCCUCAUGAUAAUAUCAAUACUCAGUAGACAAUAAGUAGAGUAUAUACAAUUGUACCUUGGUUCUUUAACGGAAUCCGUUCUGGAAGUUGGUUCGACUUCCGAAAAUGUUUGAAAACCAAGGCGUGGCUUCUGAUUGGCUGCAGCAGCUUCCUGCAGCCAAUCGAAAGCCGCAUCAGAUGUUCGAGUUCCAAAUAACAUUUGCAAACCGGAUCACUCACUUCCACGUUUGCGGCGUUCAGGAGCCAAAACUUUUGAGUCGCAAGGCAUUUGACAACCAAGAUGCCACUGUAUAUCUUUUAACCUGCGUAGGAAAGCCACUGUUGGGAGAGAAAAUCUUACUUAACAAAGUUGGUAAGGACAAUAUUACCUUCAGGAUUUUUAUUUUAUUUAUUUUUAAUGCAGAAGUUGCAAAGAUUUGAGGUGGAACCAAUAAAAAGUGACAAAGAAAAUGGAUUUGUACCAUACAAGGUGAUUUGUACCUUACAAAUAAAUUGUCACUCUGGACUCCUUUUGAAAAGACACAUUGGCCUGAACACGGAUUACAAUCAAUCUGUUGAGCUAAAACAGGCAUAGGCAAACUCGAUCCUCCAGAUGUUUUGGAAUUACAACUCCCAUCAUCCCUAGCUAACAAGACCAGUGGUCAGGGAUGAUGGGAGUUGUAGUCCCAAAAACAUCUGGAGGACUGAGUUUGCUCAUGCCUGUUGUAACUCUUUGUUGAUAUGGCUGUGAUCAAAAUCUGGGGACAGGAGCUGCACUCUGAGCAUCAGCAGGAGCCAUGUAUUGCCACUCGCUUUUCCUGGUCAUGCAUCCUUGACCAAAAGAGUCUUAUCACUCGCACCACCCUGAUAAGCUAAUUAUUAACAGAGUCCGUGUGGUAGAGAAUGCGGUUUGUGAGAGGGAAACUCAAUCCUUUCCCUGAGGAUUGGGUUGAGGCGUGAAAUGAACAUUGACCUGACAAGCUGCUGUGAUGUAUGGCCACUGCUGCUGCUACAAUCAAACGCCGGCUUGGACCAACUAAUUAUGGGGAGAGUGAGAGGCUGUAUGUCUGUUUAUAGCGGAAUCUCCUUUGUAUUGUACACUAUCCAGGUUUCAUUUCAAAAUCUUUUGACACCUCUUGCCUAUAUUCUUCUUUUUAUGGUUAGAAGAUGUUUGUUUCGGGUUGUGUGUGUGUGUGUUUGUGGUUUUUUUGGAGUUAGACAAGCCACAUUUUCUACUAAUUCUUUCAGAAUAAGAUAAUUAGAUAAACAUUCUCUCCCCUCGAGGGUGUGUCUGGCACCUUCAUUGUAUAGCUUUCAUUGUAUGCUGGGAGUAGUCUUCUUUACUCUGGCCUUUUCACACCUGAUGCAUAUGUAUUCAUGUAUGUAUGUAUGUCUUCUAUUCUACAUCCCAUUAGUCUAAGUUAUUAUUAUGAUGCAAAGGUUUGGGGAAAGGUUUCAGAUUCCAUUGUUAUUCCCCAUUCUUCUGACUGUAAGCUAUUUCAACUGAUUUUGAUACUGGAUUUUUAUGCGGUAUUUUUAUAAUUUCCCCACCCCACACAUUAUGGUGAGAGACUGGUAAGAAAUCUAUUUGUUGAUCAUGCAGCCUGUGUGACUUUUGUUUAUUUUGAACUGCAGUGUAGUUGUAAAUCUUGAUGUGCAGGAGAUAAUGUCAUGCCCUAUAACCACAUUUCCAAGAAGAGUCCACAGGAAGAAGUGGUUGAUCCAUUAUUAUCUUUCCCCCAAAAGUGCAGCAGAAUGAGGUCAUAUAAUAUCCAGUUUAUUAGGAUUAGCAAUCUGCAGUCGUGUGCCAAACUUCCUGGUGGGGUUCAACUCAAACUGUGUAGGCCAGGGGUAGGCAACCUAAGGCCCGUGGGCCAGAUGCGGCCCAAUCGCCUUGUCAAUCCGGCCUGCGGACAGUCCGGGAAUCAGCGUGUUUUUACAUGAGUAGAAUGUGUGCUUUUAUUUAAAAUGCAUCUCUGGGUUAUUUGUGGGACAUAGGAAGUUGUUCAUAUUUUCCCCCCAAAAUACAGUCCGGCCCACCACAUAGUCUGAGGGAUGGUGGACCGGCCCAUGGCUGAAAAAGGUUGCUGACCCCUGGCAUAGGCCCAUCUUGGAAAGCACAUUGAGUUUUACAAAACCUGAAAUAUCCAGCUUUUAAUUAGAAGCACAAACUAUCUUGCCAGUAAGUGUCAUUUAUUCUGCUGGCAUGAAAUAGGAAACCCAUCAAAGGAAAGAGGUAUGCAGAUGCUGCUUGAUUAUUUUUCUCAUUCUCUGAAUUUACGCAAAUUUGUCAUAAAGAAACUUGAAAGCCUCAUUAUCACCUUAUACACUUCCCAGAGCAAGGAGAGUCCAGCUGUUCCCUGGUGCUCCGGUACAUCAUAUUCAUUGCUCCUGGAACUGCAUUUGUCUUUGUUCUCGCUCCACUAUAUCACCGCUUUAGAGACUUAUACCCUGCCCUUCCUAAUGCUCAUGUGCUACUCAAAGUGGCUUAGAUUAGAAUAAUUAAAAUACAGCGUUGCCGAGCUAAAGCAACAAUCAAAACUCCUCCUGGUGGUGGAGCAUUAAAACUGUUAGUAAAGCUAAGUAGGGUCCGGUAGGAUUUUAGAAUUGGAUGGUGGAUUUUGUUUUGAGAUUCCUGCAUUAGAUGACGCUCGGGAUGCAUUCCAACUCUAUAAAUUCUCUCCUUCCCUGGAGGUUUUUAAGCAGAGGUUGGAUGGCCAUGUCAGCGAUGCUUUGCUGAGAUUCCUGCAUUGAAGGGGGUUGGACUAGAUGACCCUCAGUAUCCCGUUACAACUCUACAAUUCUGUGAUUCUAUACCUGCUUGAAACUUGGUUUCGGUUGGGAAGGAAGACGAGAGGUGUAAGCUGGUAAGGAGAAGCAUUCAUAAGCUCACCUUCUUCAGCCCCUGGCCUCAAGUGCUUUGCCCGCUUCGGGUCAGGCUGCCAGAAAAGCCCUUCCUCCGCCUGUUGUCCGAUGCUGUGAGCAGAACCAGGCACUGCGCUUGCGGUAAUUAACUUUAUUGCUCAGUAACCAAGGAGUCGGCACACGGCACAUCCAUCAGAUAAGCACGUCAGUUGCAGAAGCUAAAGUUCCUGUCCCUUUCUUCCUCUUGUUUAUACCUCCCUCCUCGCUGUGACUCCGCUUUUCUUAAUUGUUACAGCCUUUUCUCGACUCUUGGUUCCUGUGCUGAGAGGGAGGGAGGGGAAGGAGCCAAAUCAGGACUGUGCAGUGGUACCUCGGGUUACAGACGCUUCAGGUUACAUAUGCUUCAGGUUACAGACUCCGCUAACCCAGAAAUAGUACCUCGGGUUAAGAACUUUGCUUCAGGAUGAAGUGGCAGCGGGAGGCCCCAUUAGUUAAAGUGGUACCUCAGGUUAAGAACAGUUUCAGGUUAAGAACGGACGUCCGGAACGAAUUACCGUAUUUUUCACUCUAUAAGACGCACCAGACCACAAGACGUACCUAGUUUUUGGAGGAGGAAAACAAGGAAAAAAAAUAUUCUGAAUCUCAGAAGCCAGAACAGCAAGAGGGAUCGCUGCGCAGUGAAAGUAGCAAUCCCUCUUGCUGUUCUGGCUUCUGUGAUAGCUGCGCAGUCUGCAUUCAGUCCAUAAGACGCACACACAUUUCCCCUUACUUUUUAGGAGGGAAAAAGUGAGUCUUAUAGAGCAAAAAAUACGGUAAGUUCUUAACCCGAGGUACCACUGUAUUGCAUCGCAGGAGACAGAGCCCCUGCUCUUUCUGUGGCUACCUUAAGCCUCUCCCCUUCACCCUCACUCUCUGCUGAUGAUUCCUCCCUGUCCCAUCAAAGGCCCCACAGGUGCCCCCCGGACCACGGGCUGCUACUACGCUUCCUCAUCCAGCCAGUUCCUGACACUUCGCUCCAAGGAUUCUGGUUCCUCAGCAAACAGGGCCUCACCCACUCCCCAAGUAAAUGGCGUCUUUGCACAGCGCAAUUAAAUUUGCUCAGCUGCAAGAAAGGCAGUUGUGGAAAAUGAAUGGUUUUCUAUUUGCUUCUGUUUGUGCGCAAGUGCCCUAGAGACCAAGACCCAGACACGAAGGGGGUGGGGGAGAGUCCAGCUCCAUCGACCCUCCAGCCUGCCUCUUCCAUGGGAAGGGACAGAUUGCACCCUCAGUUGUUGUUGCUUUUUAAAAAAAGAGAUUGGUUUGUGUGGCUGGACUAAAAACAAAAAUGAAUGAAAUUUUAAUUUGUUUGUGUAUAAAGCUUCUUCUUCUUCUUUUUAGAAUAGCAUUGAUGUGCAGUUAUGGUUCCUCCUCCGUCUCCCCUUGGCCGAAUAAAUAAUUUCUCUCUCUGACCCCUAUAUAGGCACAUAUAGGUCAGCCUCUAUGCUAGCCGCAAACUCCUUUGCCGUGCAUGGAUCCUUGCACAGAUGGAACAGAUCCAUCCACUUGCAUGGAAUUUGUCACUGUGUUCCAUUUCCAUGAGGAUAGCUCCCCUGCUGUCAGGAAGAAUGAGGGUCUCAAGGAAGCAGUGCAGUUGUUAGAUGUGGGGCGAACGACUAUUACAACUAUUGCACCCUCUUGAAAGAUCUUACAAGCAGGAGUGAAGCACCACCUGAGCACACGACUUCAGAAGAACGAAAUGAUACUUCUUGAUUCAGAAAUGUUAUCCAACUUUAAUUGACAGAGCCAAGGGGAACAGCAGCAACAUCCUGUGCAAAGCUAAGCAGCGUUCCAGUAUAGUUUCAAAUUGGACAGGGGAUCAUUCAUUGAAGGGGACUGGAAUACCCACGGGAUCCCUUCAGUUCUAAAUAAUAAAAAUAAUAAUUAAUAAUAAUUUAUUAUUUGUACCCCGCCCAUCUGGCUGGGUUUCCCCAGCCACUCUGGGCGGCUUCCAACAAAGAUUAAAAAUACAUCAAAAUGUCACGCAUUAAAAACUUCCCUGAACAGGGCUGCCUUCAGAUGCCUUCUAAAUGUCAGGUAGUUGUUUAUCUCUUUGACAUCUGAUGGGUGGGUGUUCCACAGGGUGGGCGCCACUACCGAGAAGGCCAUACAGUUCUAUGGUUCUAUUAAUCGCCCUAGUAAUAGUUAGGGCCAGAAUGAACUAAAUAGUUGUGUCAGCAGAAGCUAGGGCAGCAAAUCCUGCUAGCACAAUGGGGCUUUUUCACCUCUCCCCCCACCACUACACACACUCUAAAUCAGCUCUAAGGGUGGGGAGCCUAGGAGAACCUCUAGAACAGCCUUGGGGUGGGGAAUAGAAAGGGGAUCCUUCCAACUGGCAAGCGGAAAGGCUUGCACUGAUAGAAUGAGUGCAAUAUUGAACUUCACCCGUAGGACUGUCUCCAGUUAGGGUCCACUCAGAGUAGGCCUGCUGAAGUUAAAAGACUUAAGUCUGCAGUGCCUGUUAUUUCCAAUGAGUCUACUCUGAGUAGGUCUAGCGUUGGAUACAACCCACAUAUUUUGAAAUUACUCUGCUUUUCCUGAAGGCCUACUGUUGUGCAGACUAUGCAAAACUUUUCUCCUCUUCUGAUCUGGCUUCAUGAUGGCAAAAAAAAUAAAUAUGAAUGUCUUUGUUUCUUCCCUGUCCACUGAAAAUCCGCAUGGUGGAAUUCACAUGGACAACGAACUGGUCCAGGAGCCUGCCAGGGCCUGUGCCCAGAAUGGCAGAACUCGAUGGUGUGGGCAUCAUAAUCUUGACCAGACACGCUUGGUGCUUUGACAUUUCACAAAAUGCCUUUUCAGAGUUCUUGAAGAUUUGGGCUCCUCCGAUAGAUUUCAGGCAGAUGGAUUCCAUUCAGUGGCAUAAAGCGGGGGAUGUUAUGUGUACAAUGCCCCAGUGUUUUCUGGGAAUAAAGCUGCCCUUUUUCCUGCCCUUCCCCUCCCUGGCCCACCCCCAACACCACAAAGGGGGCUUUGCUGAGAUUGCAUAAUGUUGGGGGUGGCAGGAGCAAGGACUUGGGGAGGGGGAGCACUUCCUCAGAACACAGAAGGUGUUAUUAAAUUCAUAUGGUUUCAAAUAGCCAAGACGGGGCCAGGGAGGAGCAAUGGGAAACUGAAACCCGCCCCCUCACCCUUUCUUGCUAAAAGGCAUUUCUGCCCUCUUGAUUUUCCCAUCUCACGUCCAGAUUAAUUGACCUGAAAAUCAACAACAUAUAGGUUGUGAUGUUUCCAUUAAAGCUCAGUUUAAAGGUUGGGGAAUGUAGAUGGUUCCCUGUGGAACCCUCUUGUACAGUCCCCUUUCUGUGGACUUGCUAACUGUUUUGUAAGACUGGGGAGGCAGAUUACGUUUCAGUCAUUAAAUCUCAUUGAAUGGGUUCUUUGAGAUCCUUCUAAGAGAAGAGACGGAGGGAAAAAAGACAUCCUUCCUCCCUCCCUCGCUUCCUCCCUUCGUAUACCCAAGCAAUAGGUGUGCAUUUCUUAACAUCACACCCGGUCCGCUUCCCCAUCUUGCGGGUUCCAUGACUGAUUUAUUGAGUGUCCCCUAUUCUUGCAGCUCUGAAGUUUCUGUGAAGCAGAAAGAAAAGAGUUGGCUUCCUCCGUCACCUGGCUCCUUGACCUUGAGAGAAGCCUCCUUUGGUCAUUAAUCACAGGCAUACACACCAGCUCUCUCUUUACUAGGGCCAGCCCCUAUUUUACGGAAUUUGUCUUCUGUAAAGCCAUAUUCAGCAUUCCAGUAUACCUGAAGGAGCGUCUCCACCUCCAUUGUUCUGCCCGGACACUGAGGUCCAGCACUGAGGGCCUUCUGGCGGUUCCCUCAUUGUGAGAAGCCAAGUUACAGGGAACCAGGCAGAGGGCCUUCUUGGUAGUGGCACCCACCCUGUGGAACGCCCUCCCACCAGAUGUCAAAGAGAAAAAUAACUACCAAACUUUUAGAAGACAUCUAAAGGCAGCCCUGUUUAGGGAAGCUGUUAACGUUUAAUAGGUUAUUGUAUUUUAGUGUUUUGUUGGAAGCCGCCCAGAGUGGCUGGGGAAACCCAGCCAGAUGGGCGGGGUAUAAAUAAAUUAUUAUUAUUAUUGUUAUUAUUAUUAUUAUUAUUAUUAUUAUUGCAUUGAGGCUGGAAAUGCACUCAACCUGCCUCAUUCCAGAUCAGACCAGUUGUCCUUGUAGCCCUGUAUUGACAACCCUUCCUGGGCAUAGCUCUUCAGGUUCUCAGUGAUAGGGAUGUUGGAGAAUUCUGACAAAAACUUCAAAGGAAGCAGAACUUGCUGCAGUUUGUGCACUUGUCUGUGGUCAGAAAGGGAAAUCAGUCAAAUAAAUAAGAUUGACUCACAACUUUGUGGGUUUUUUAAGUCCACAAAAUAUACACUAUUAAUGUUUUUGAAAAAGAUUGGAUUGAUGUUUCCCUUAAAUUGGAAUGAAUGUAAGUUACGUAAGUCAGAGCUUUCCAAACUGUGUGUUGCGUCACGUUCGUGUGUCAGCUGCAGUGUGUUGGUGUGUUGCGCAAAUGCUCCCUGCAUUCUUAAAAGGGGUUAGUUUAACCUCAGGUUUGCUACUAAAACUGAAUUACUGUGUCAUGAAAUAAUGCAUGUCUAAAAAGUGUGUCACUAACAUGAAAAGUUUGGAAAGCUCUGACCUAAGUUGUGUGAAUUGUUAUGUAAGAGCUUUACAAGAAAAAUAUGUGCGGUUUAGAAAUGAUUUCAAAUUUUAAAAAUCAAUCAAUUGAUUGAGCAAGGUGAAUAAUGUAGUAUUUGGUGGAAACUGAAGUGCAGCAGAAUGGAAACAGUGCUGAUUGUUGCCACGCUGGAAGGGAAAUAGCUGCCUUCUUGCAUUCCUAGCAAGUGAUUUGUUAUGCACAGGGAUGUUAUGCACAGGCAGUGAGACUAUGCUUUGUAGGUAGGUAGUGUUGGAAUCUUCAUGCAAUCUGAAGUAAAGUAGCCAUAUUUUUAUUUAUUUUACCAAUAAAGAAAUUUCAGUCUAGCUCCUCUGCACCACUCAGCACAGCUUAGAGCAAUUUUAAAACCACAAUAUUGUAUAAGGUAAUAAAAAGACAUUAAAAUGGCAAUGGUAAAAAAUGCAACAAUAGAUGCACAUUAAAAUGACAGAUAUAUGUGGGUAAAAGUGUGACAGUACAGAAAAAAGCAGUAAGAAACAAUAAGAAAAAAAGCAACAGUACAUGAAAAUGCAAGAAGAAAAAGAAAAGGAAUUAAAAAUAAAUAAGAAAAAAGUUUGGCUUGGAAAGUGAAUUCAGUUUGUUGUCUUAAGGGGGGGGGGGGAUGCCCCGACUUCUCCUUCUCCUCCUCUUCGACACCAUAAUCAGCUUCUUAACAGCAGGGUCUGUGUGUGUGUGGUUUGGGCACAUUUAAAUUGUUUACCUUUUCUUAGAAAAGCCUUCUAGAACCUUUCCAAUAUGAGAGCUAUGAAAGAGGAUGUUUUCAUGAAGCUUUACUGACCAGAGGCAAAACCUCUUGCCUUGCUUGAAAGCUUUAAUUAUUGCACACACCCGGCCCAUCUGUAUCGAGCUGAACAUCCUGCCAGAGGGGCAUUAAAUCCAGCAACUCGAUUCCCCUUUAAAAAGUUUAAUAACUUCCUUUUCUGCCUUGCAUCAGCCAAGAGGCAUAAAAUCGGGGGUGGGGGUUGUGCAAAGACCCUGGGCUGGCCUGAGAGUGGGAAAAGAGAUUUAAAUACGCAGACUUCUGGAACUCAGUGGGAAUGUAUACAUAGAUGACUAUUUAGGUUGCAAUCUUAUGCUCACCUGGAAAUCAGUCCCACUGACCUCAAUAGGGUUUAUUUUUGAGUAUAAUUAUUAUUUAUUAGAAAUUUUAUAUGCCAGCCUUCUUCCAAAGAUCACAGGGAGGUUUACAGCAUAAAAAUAUAAAAUGUAAAAUACAGUGGUAUCUUGGGUUAAGUACUUAAUUGGUUCCGGAGGUCCGUUCUUAACCUGAAACUGUUCUUAACCUAAAGCACCACUUUAGCUAAUGGGGCCUCCUGCUGCCGCCGUGCCGCUGGAGCACGAUUUCUGUUCUCAACCUGAAGCAAAGUUCUUAACCUGAGGUACUGUUUCUGGGUUAGCGGAGUCUGUAACCUGAAGCGUAUGUAACCUGAAGCGUAUGUAACCUGAGGUACCACUGUACAUAUAAUAAUAGCAACAGCAACUACCAAUAACCCCCCUCCCACAAACACAUUUUAAAGGCCAUAGAUUCUUCAAUCAGCCAAAGGCCUGGUGGAAGGGGAACAUUUUCACCUGGCGCUAAAGGUGUAUAAUGAAGACACCUGAGAAACCGUCCUGGGAGAGCUUUCCACAAGUGGGGAGCCACCUCAGAAAAAGCCCAUUCUCAUGUUGCUGCUCUCUGGACCCCUCACAAAGGGGGUAAAAUAAGAAGGGGCCUCAGCUGAUGCUCGCGGGGUCUGGGCCAAUUCAUAUGGGGAGAGGCAGUCCUUGAGGUAUUGCAAUCCUGAGGCAUUCUAGGCUUUAUAGGCCCAAACCAGCACUUUGAAUCGGGCUCAGAAACUAAUUAGCAACCAAUGUGGUCGGUCCAGGAUUGAUGUAAUAUGCUCAAACCAUAUUGUCCCAGUGAACAACCUGGUCAUUGAGUAGGUGUGCAUAAGAGCUUCAGUGAGAUUGGGCUGCACUUAUGUAGCUUAUUUCUUAACUACACUCAAAUAGUGUUGUACCCAAAACCUGAACUUUAUGCAAAGGGUGGCCAUAAGGGCCCCUCCAGGCAUCCUUUAUUAUAAUAUCAGGGUGAUUAUAUGGGAUCCCACUUUCAGUACCUUUUAAACUUUCAAAUGUUUCAGUGUAGACAUACUGCUUCAUUUCCAAUAAAUACAUGCCGCUUAAAUUCUUGCUUAAAUUCUGUAACUUUACACCACAAAUGUUCCAGGGUGGGUCCCCCUCCCCCCUGCUUUUGUUGCAGUAUAGCAGAAGACAGGGCCUUCUGGGUGACUGCACCCCAACUUUGAGGCUCUUUCCCUUCAGAAGUGCCGACAAAUUCCCUUGUUUUCUCAGGCUUUUGGAAUACUUUUUUAGCCUAGCCUAUUCUGUUUAUAGUUUAGUUUAGUUUUUAUUUUACAUCGCAUCUGCUUUUAAUCUCUCUCUCUCUCUCGAUUAUUGUUGGGAGCUGCUCAGAGACCUUUUAUGAAAAGUGCUUUAAAAAUAUUAUGAAUAAAAAAUAAUACAAUUGAAAACAACCCAUGGUUUGUUUGGAGAGGGAGGCAAAUAAUGAGCCCUCAUUUGGCUGUAGUACUAAGGCAAACCAUGGCUUAACUCCUGUUAGAACAGCAUUAGCAAGAGAAAAAGCAGGGGAGUUGCUGUGAUUUUCUCACUGUACACUCGCUUGUUUGCUCAUUCAUUCACUCAUUCUAAGCUAUAGUUUGGCUUAGUGCUUUGUGCCAACGAGGCCAAUAUUUGCAAACACACACACACACACACACACACACACACACACACACACACACUGUUGGGGGAAACUUAGAUCUGCUUAACAAGAGCAACAACAACAGCCUGCCUCCACUCUGUUCUAAAUCUGGCUGCUGAAGCUUGAAAGAAAUCCAGGGCUAGAUCUUGUGUGUGGCUGGGGUUCUGUGACCUCAGUUCGGGUUCUGCACCUCAUGUAAAAACCCCUCCUCUGUUGCAGUGCAGAUGCACAGUUGUGCUUUUAUGUGCAAGUUACUGCAGUCAAUGGCACAUGGGAUGGAGUAGUUGACGGGCUCUGCCUAUUGGCUUGCCGUUUUGCAUCCAACUUCACCCAGCUGUUGCUGGUUAGGCAGCCGCUUGUUGGAGGAACUCUAGUACUGGCUUUCCCCCAGCAAGCAGGGGGCUGGAUUAGAUCUUGGAUGGGGGGCUCUAACCCAUGAGCCUAACUUUCCCCAAAACUACAUCCGUCUGCCCCACACCUGACAUCUUAUGUGAUGUCAGGUGUGGGGCAGGUGAGGAUGCUGCUAGCAAACGAACAGUUGGCAGCUGAAGUUGUCACCUGAUGUCUUAACAGCACUUUCCCAACAGUCAAAAAUUGUCUGUGGAGGGUGUGCCAGUUCUUCCUAUGGCCCUUGGGCUGAAAAGAGUUCCAUGCCCAUGGACUAGCUGACCCCAAGGAGACUGUCAGCUGUAUGGUUCUCUGACCUGGUUGUUGUUGUUGUUGUUGGAGUUAGGGCUUCUAGCAAAAAAAAGGACAAGUAGAUCCCACUAUCUAGAAGCCUUUACUAUCUCUAUACUGAAUUGGCUCUCCUCCCAUGCUACCUUCACUCACUGGAAUAGUCUUGUGCCAAAGAGGUUUCCAUCAUUCCUCCUUCCCUGACUCACAUCGCCUCUGUUCUUGUUUGUUUUUAAACAGCUCUGGAAGAUGUCGCUGCAAAGCUGGCUCAGAUGGCCCCAAAUGCACCCAGUGCCAGGAAGGCUACUCCAUGUUCAACGGGACCACCUGCGAACCUUGUCGGUGUAACAACCAUUCUGCGAGUUGCGAUCAGUUGACAGGUGAAAAGCAAGGGAAGGGGACUCAGGUUUUCUGGUGGCCCUGCGUCAGGUUGGUGGGGUUUUGUUGAGGCUGAUCAAGAAUAACAAGUCGGCAUUACAAUCCAGUUGUGUAUCCUCCAGUAUUUCAGAGAGGAAGAGAGGAGCACUCUUGUCUACUUGUAAUACCCACAUUUUCAGCAUGGAAGGGCUGUAGCUAAGGGAUAGAGCAGCUGCUUUGCCUGCAGAUUAUAGGUGCAGAAAUAUAUGUGCCAGUAUGAACCAUGCCCCCACCAUGCCCAUCGCUGCUUGCCCUCCCUUUUGCUCUCUUCCUCCCCCCACAUGCCUCUUCCUCCUCCACUUCCUGAGGCUGCAGGCAUGGUCUUUCAGAGGUGUUUUGACGUGACCUUUUUAUGAUUGGCAAAGCACCUUCCAAGUCGUGUCAAAGCACCUCUGGGAGAUUGGCCUGCAGCCUUGGGAAGCAGUGAUGGGGAAGGUGCAUGGCAGUGCAGGGAUGGCAAAGGUGCAGGGGUGAGGGAGCAAGCAGGUGGGCAGGCAAGUGGCGGUGGUGAGAUGGUGGUGGAGGAAAAAGAGGUGAUGUACCUCCUUGAAAAAAGCACUGGGAAUGUCCCCCAUCUGAAACCCUGCAGAGCUGCUGCCACUCAGUUUAGACCUAUGGUUCUUAACCUUUUUUGGGGGGGUAACGGACCCCCUUGAGAAUCUGAUGAAAGUUAUGGAUCCCCUUCCCAGAAAAAUGUACAUAAACAUGUGGGCACACAAUACCGCAUACAAUUUGCGCCCCGUUCAUGGACCCACUGAAACCCACCCAUGGACUCUUGGUAUAGAUAGCUUGACCUAGAUGCACCAAUGGUCAAUAUGAAGCAGUUUCCUUUGUUCCUGUGCUCACUCCAAGGAUCUCUGGUGAUAUUCUCCCAGCCUAUGAGAACCAGUGUGGUGUUGUGGUUAGAGUGUUGGAGUAAUGACCUUGGAUGCCAGGGUUCAAUUUCACAUUAAGCCAUGCAACUCGCCAGGUGAGCUAGUCACCAUCUCUCAGUCUCACCUACAUCACAGGGUUGUUGGGAGGAUAAAUUGGAAACAGACAGUAAAUAAGCUAAACAUCUUUAAAGUUUAGGCAUGCCAAUAAUGGUGUUUCAAAGACUGUUUCUCACUCAAAAGCAAAACUAAACCUCAAACAUUAGGUAGUGAUCUGACCUUUAUGGGAUUAAAGAACCUCUUAUUACGCACCUGAGCAGGACUACACCCUUAGACUCUAAAUGUAUUUCUGUUUCUGUCUAGGAUAGUUGAGUACUAAACAGUCUGUUUUCUUAGUCUGCAAUAAGGUGAGCCUGAGUUCUAGCUAAAGCCUGCUUAUAUCAAUGCAAACAGGUAAAGGAAAUAUAUUUUUUAAAGUACCUUUUCAAAAAAUAUAAAAUCUUAAAACCAGCAACACUCAUGGCUGAACAUCAAAACAAUUUCACCCAACACUAUGUUUUGGGAUAGACUGCCUUACAUAGCUGUCAAAGUUUCCCUUUUUUAAAGGGAAAUUCCCUUAUUCCGAAUAGGAUUCUUCGCAAGAAAAGGGGAAAGUUGACAGCUAUGCUGCCUCAUGGCACCAUCUGAUUUCUUUUGUAUGUAUGCUCAGUGCUAAUAUAAAUCAAGAACUUUAGAGAUGUGGGUUGUCUGCCCUCUUGUGGCAGCUGUUGAGACACCACGGAGGCACUUUUCGUUAUUAGAAAUAAGUGACAGUCAAAGGCACAAAGCGGACAUGUCUGCCUUCCUGCAUGCUAGUCUGAAACCCCACGCCAACGCAAAGCUUCCCUGUGUUGACAAGGAUUUUUGGGGAGGAAAGCAGAACUUGGGUGCUCUUUGUCAUAAAGCUGUUUCCCAGUGGGAGGAACAUCCUUACACAACAGAAACCCCAUAAGGGUAUUAUGGUCUGAAAUACAAUAGUAGAUGGGACAUAACUUCCAUAGUAAAGCACUGUUUACAGUGGAGAAUGGCCGUAGCUCAGUGGCAGAACAAUCUGCUUUGCCUGCAGAAGGUCCGUAGUUCAAUCCCUGGCAUUUCCAGGCAAGGCCAGGAAAUAAAACUGUCUUGAGACCCUGGAGAGCCAUGUGCAGAUAGUAUCGAUCUGGGAUGGGGAACCCCAGGCCCAGGGGCCGUAUGUGGUCUUCCAGGCCUCCCUGGACUCCCCCAGUCCACACCCCCUCCCACCAGGUCACACUGUUCACUGGCCCUGCUUUGCCUCCUUGAGGGCUCUGGUCUGCCUCUGAUCUGCCCUUGAAUUCUGACUACGCCUCUUGCUUAUCAGGGUGGAGAGGGCUGUGUGAGUGUGCAUGUGGAAGCUACCCUACGGUACAAAGGCAAUAUUUACAUGCGUCUCUCCACUUACUACUGGCCUGCUCUCCACCCCGAAGGCUGCCCAGAAGGGAAUGUGCAUUUCAUUACCUGACCUGGAGAUGCAGGAACCUGGUACCUUUUGCUUGCAAGCCAUGAGUUCCACCAUUGAGCUGCGACUCUGGUUCAAUACAAGGUAUCUCCAGCAUCUGCUCCAAUAGUGAUUUUAAUUCUCUGGGUACUGCCAACAGUAAAUAGAGCCAGAGCCAAUGGAGACAGCUCUACAUUUGUCUUCUUUCCUGGUGAGUUCUACAGGAGGCAACACUGAGACUAAGGAGGAGAUAAAGCUCCCGGGCAGGGAUACCCCCUGAGCUGUUAGUGGGACAGUUCCCUAUUGGUCCUAAUGGACCAGCCUCCAUUGCUUUCAGCCGUCAAGAUAGUUGACGGCCACUCUCAAGUCUCUCUGUUUAUUUUCCUUUUCAGUGGGCUAAGCAUACCCAGCUCUCAACUGUUCCUCAUUAAACUUGGGGUUGCAUCCAAGCCAGUUCUACUUGAAGUAGAGCCACUGAAAUUAAUGAACCUACACAAGCAGUGUCCAUGAAUUGCAAUGUAUUUAUGCUCAGUAGGACUAAUAUUGGCUACAACCCCUGGUUUCCAGACCCCUUGCCAUCCUGGUCACGUUGCUCUAGACCAGGCUUCCUCGGCCCUCCAAAUGUUUUAAGACUACAAUUCCCAUCAUCCCUGACCACUGGUCCUGCUAGCUAGGGAUCAUGGGAGUUGUAGGCCAAAAACAUCUGGAGGGCCGAGGUUGAGGCGCAAUCCAGGCUCUGUAGUCCACACAGCCCAAAGCUAGGGCUGGGUGGCGGGGUCAUAGAACUGGCUACCUGCCUUUCUUCAAGAUACCUUUUGUACUCUUCUAUCUGCUGGACCUUGAAUCUUCCCCCACUAAAAGCCCCAACACAACUCCACCAAAAGCCUCACAUGGUCUUGGCAACAGUGCUGGUGAGCAACUGGCUAAAUCCUCAUGAUUGGGUCCACUGUUUCUUAUGUACCCAAAGUGUCACCAUCUGUGUACAAGAGAGGGAAGGAGCAGUAGGUUUAGGGGAAGCACAAAAUCCUGGAUGGGGGGAACCUACAUGGGAGAACAUCCCUCCCCAAAAUCCCAGCCCAAUGAAAGCUGAGAAUUCUGUCUUUUCAGUGGUGUGGAAUGGAAUAAGGUAUCCAGAACAGGAGUGUGCCUUGCUGCAAUAUUUUGUUGCAGGUCCUACUUGUAUUUUUGUGGUUCCCAGCAAGGUACUGUGUCAUUUUGAGUUCCCGCCCACUGCUUCGGACAGCUGUUGUCUUUGUCUUUAUUUCCGCAUUUAUUUUGUUUUCUAGGCACUUGCUUGGACUGUCAAGGGAACACAGAAGGCGCUUCCUGCGAGAAAUGCAAGGGGCAGUACUAUCGAAGUGGUUCGCGACACCAUGAGUGUCUUCUUUGUCCUUGCUCCCCUGUAGUGUCCUCUGGCAGCUGUCAUAUAAGUAAGAUGGUUUUCUAAAAUUGUGGAAUUUCACUAUGGUACAUCAACAUAAGAACACCAGAUGAGCCCUGCUGGAUCAGGCCAGUGGACCAACUAGUCCAAAACCCUGUCUCCACAGAGGUGAACCAGAUGUCUGUGGGAACCUUAAAAGUAUGACAGCUUGUGUUUCCCAGCAACAGGUAUUCAGAUACAUGCUACCAGUGGUGUAGCGUGGGUGGCAAGCGCCUGGGGCCACACAGAAGGGGGCUGGGAGGGAGGGAAACAAGAUGGAGUAUGCAUGCACAUUCAACUGCCUAGCAGCUCCUGACUCACCUAGGAGAUUGCAGCCGCAGAGGUAAGAAAGGAGGAGUCAUUCCAUUUUCUGGAGAGGUCACUUCUUGGUUCUCAUGGGGAAGUGCACAGUUCUUUUGAGGCAGCAUCAGGGGUUGAAAUUUUGCACCCCAAAACAACUUUGCACCUGGGGAAACUGCCCUUGUGUCCCCCUGCUACGCCACUGCAUUCUACUGCCAGCAGUGGAGGCAGAACAUAGCCAUUGUGGCUAAUAGCCAUUGGCAGCAUGGAACUGUUAAUUCACAGGUGGACUGCUCUUGAGGCUGGAGGCUCUGUGGAACUACCCAGGGAGAAAGUGUCAGCCCUGCAUGCAUUUUGUCAAGGCACUUUCAAAAGCCGGUUCUUCCAGCCCCCUUCAGAACUAGCUAUUGUUCAGAGGCAAUGAUGAUACCCAGGAGAAUUCUGCUAGGGUUCACUAACAUGCCAUAGCAAGCUAGGCUGUAGGUAAAUGCAUCUCACCUUGCUAGGCGUAAAUGUGACCUGUGCAGUUAAAACAGUUAUGGGCUUGCAGAAGUGCAAUGGUCACAUGGGGCAUUCUAGAGGCAGGCGUAUCAUUCCCACAUUUACAAAACACAUUUCCACCAAGGAUCUCAAGCUGACAUGCAUGCUUCUCUUUCCAUCCUGCCCCCAUUUUGUCCUCACAACAGCCCUGUGAGGUAUGUUAGGCCGAGGGAGACUAACUGGUCCAAGGUCAGCACACAGGGCCAAGUGGGGAUUAGAAGUCCCUGGUCCUAGUCCAGUCCCUGGCCAUUUGACUUCUUCUAACUUCUGCAUAAUGCGAAGAAGAUCAGCUCUGGAUUGAAAGCUGGCUUAAACAAUCCAUCAAGAGCAGGGUGAGAAAACAGGAAAUGGAAGCAGGUGACAGCUACAGUGUGGUUGCAACUUGGUGCUUACCAAAGGGAUCAAUUCCUCAUGCUGAAGAAGAGAAUCAAGCUUUGGAGGUUUGUAUGAUGAGGUGCUGUGGCAGACAUCUGAGUAAGAAAGGCUGAGGCUGGCUUACUAUGUGCAGUUCCCACUUUUGGUUGCACUGUUUCCUGAACAGUUGCCUUGAUGGGCACCUGUGGCUCCCUCCUCUGAGUACAGUAGCUGGCUCAGCUGCUCAAGGAGUAAAGAUCUGGAGCCAAGCUUCAGAGUCCCCCAGUUCCAAACCUUUCACACUACCAGUUGCUGGGAAUCACAAGAGUUGCACUCAAGUUCUGGUUGUUGGCUUCUCGUGUAUGUUUGGUCACUCAAAACAGGAUAUUGGAUAUUGGAUUCGUUCCAAAGUGUUGACAUUGCCACACUAAAUGGCUGAGUUCUUGCAGAUACAGCUAUGUUAGGAGGCCCACUGAAAUAAAAAUGGACCCCUCCUCAAAACCAAGGUAAAAAUGAUCCUCAACAACAACAACAACAACUGAAUUGGUGGGGGGAAUGCAUAAGAAGACAAAACAGGACUAGGCUUGUGUUCUUAGGGUGGCCAUGUGGCAAGUUCCACCAGUGGAAAUAACUCGUGUUCUUUCCCCUGCAGAGCCCGGUCACCGCACGCCCACCUGUGACCAGUGCCGCCCUGGCUACAGCGGUGCUCACUGCAACCAGUGUGACAUUGGCUACUACAGCUCUGACAGCCUCUGUAUCAAAUGCCAGUGCAAUGGGAAUGUUGACCCAGCGCGGUCACCCAGAGUCUGCAGGCUGGACACAGGGGAAUGCCUUGGCUGCCUUUACCACACGGCAGGAUUUCACUGUGAAAAGUGCCAGGAAGGUUACGCCAAACGUUCGGAAGGCGCGAAUUGCACCAGGAAAGGUAAAACUUGUUUUUUCCACUUGACGUUAGCUUAAAGACCCUCUCCUAUUCUCAGGGCUUUUGGCUGCAACUAGCGGUGGAGGAAGAAGUCAGUUUUGUGUGUGCAGCAAUUAGAAACUCCUUAAUUUGCACUUCUUGAACCAAUACAUAAACUAAAGCAACUAAUUUUCAAAAUUUGCACUUAUCUGAAUGUUGUAUUGCAGUUCUUCAAACAGUAUGUGUAAAGAUGCACAUUUUAGGGAGAAAUGCACCUAAAAUAUGUAUGUAGGAGUGAAAGUAAUAUACAGUAAUGCAUUAUGUUAGGGAAGAUGGCUUGAAAAAAAUGAGUUUAGCAUUCAAAAAUAUAUAAAAUAUGAGUUUCUUAGGAGAGAUUCACAUUAAAAUGCUGACAAAUAUUCAUGGUGAUUUUAGGGGGGGGGGGCGGUUGAGCAGGAUCUCAGGAGAACUGAGUUCCCUUACCUUUUAAAAAUAUUAGAUAGAUAGCCUGGGAGUGCUGGAAUGGAUAUAUACCUAAUACAACUCCCACCAUCCCUAGCUAAUAAGUGGUCAGGGAUGGUGGGAGUUGUAGGCCCAAAACAUCUGGAGUGCCGAGUUUGCCUAUGCCUGGUCUAUGAUCUUUGAGGAAUCUUGGAGAACAGGUGAGGUCCUUACAGACCGGAGGCAGGCAAAUGUUGUCCCCAUCUUCCGAAAGGGGGGAAAAGGAAGACUCAGGUAACUACCAACCAGUGAGCUUGACUUCAAUACCAGGGAAGGUCCUGGAACAGAUCAUUCAACAGUCGGUCUGUGAGCACUUAGAAAAGGAUGCUGUGAUUAUGAAGACCCAGCAUGGGUUUCACAAAAAUAAGUCAUGUCAGACGAACCUCCUAUCUUUUUCUUUUUUUUGCUGGAAUUACAAGCUUGAUGGAUCAGAGGAAUGCUGUGGACACAGUGUAUCUUGAUUUCAGUAAGGCUUUUGACAAAGUCCCCCAUGAUAUUCUCAUGAGGAAGCUGGUAAAAUGUGGGUUGAAUGAGGUAACUGUUAGGUGUAUUUGUAGCUGGUUGACUGAACCCACUCAUUAAUGGUUCCUUGUCAUCCUGGAAAAAAGUAACAGAAGAGAUUCCGCAGGGUUCUGUCCUGGGCCCACUGUUGUUUAAAUGAUUUAUAAAUGAUUUGGAUGAAGAAAUUGAGGGGCUGCUCCUCAAAUUUGCAGAUAACACCAAACUGGGAAGGGUAGCUAAUGCCACAGAAGACAGAAUCAGAAUUCAAAAUGACCGUAACGGAUUGGAGAACUGGGUGCAAGCUAACAAAAUGUAUUUCAAUAGGGACAAAUGUAAGGUUCUGCACUUAGGCAGGAAGAACCAGAUGCACCAAUAUAGGAUGGGGGACAUCUGGCUUACUAGCAGUACAUGUGAAAGGAUCUAGGGGUCUUUGUGGAACACAAGCUUAACGUACGUCAACAGUGUGAUGCCCCAGCAAAAAAGAGCUAAUGCUAUUCUAGGCUGCAUCAACAGAAGUAUAGUGUCCAGAAGGGAAGUAAUAGUCCCACUCUAUUCUGCCUUGAUCAGACCACACCUAGAAUACUGUGUCCCGUUCUGGGCACCACAAUUUAAGAAAGGUAUUGACAAACUGGAACAUGUGCAGAGGAGGGCAACCAAGAUGAUCAAGGGUCUGGAAACCAAGCCUUAUGAGGAACAGUUGAUGGAAUUGGGUAUGUUUAGCCUGGUAAAGAGGAGAUAUGCUACCAUCUUUAAAUACUUGAAGGCCUGUCACAUGGUAGAUAGAGCAAGCUUGUUUUCUGCAGCUCAGAAUGGCAGGUCCCAAACCAGUUCUUUCAACUUUCAAGAAAGGAGGCUAAACAUCAGGAAGAACUUUUUGAUGGUAGGAGCAGUCCAACAGUGGAAUGGUUUCCUUCAGAAAGUGGUGGGCUCUCCUUCCUUGGAGGUUUCUAAGAAGAGGUUGGAUGGCCAUCUGCCAUGGAUGCUUUAGCUGAGGUUCCUUCUUUGCAGGGGUUGGACUAGAUGACCUUUGGGAUACCUUCCAACUCUAUGAUUCUACGUUCUUACAUUUAGCCACUGCCCAGGGUUGGAGUGUAGGGUGGCAGCACUGUGACUGGGCCCACAAUAAACUAACUAACUAGCUUUGUGGUGAGUUCACCUACCUUUCCCCCCAGAAAAAAUACAGUGAUUAUAUUCUUACAAACAAACAAUCAAACACAUCAGAAAUGUGAACUGAAUUUAAGAGCUAAAAUUUAAAGCUGGUGUGGGUACCCUUGGAAAUCCAUGCCUUAUGUAGAUUAGAAUGCUAUUUUGAAGUUUGUAGGUUUCCAUUGUCACUUGAUCUCUUGAGGUUUAUUUAAUUUCAGAAUCUAUUUCAUUAGCAAAACAUGAAAGUGAUGUACCAAAAAAUUAUGACAAAUCUCAGAAACACACACUUUUAAAAAGGAUUAUUAUUAAAUGUCAACUUGUAUGCUGCUUUUCAAAACCAAUAUUCUUCCCAAAGUAGCUCUAAAUUGAAAGGUUAUAAAUUGGGUGGCAGGUGUGGGAGGGAUAUAUUUUACUAGAAUUUGUGAUAGUGAAAUAAGUUUUGAUACAUUUUGAUAAGUUUUAUUAAAUUAAAAGAUGGGAAACCAUCCUGUAUUUGUUUUGUCCUUUCUGAAUUGGUAAGUAUUUAUUAAUUACUGGAAAAUGGCCCGGGAAAUGCUGUUGACCUCCUGUGAUGUGGGUUAAUGGAUGUGUUUGAUGCUUAAUAAUAAGAAUAAGAAUACACUCACUUUGCCAUAUUUGCCUUUUUAAAAAAAUUCUCUAGAAUAUGUUCCUGGUCCCGAAGGCAGAGGGUUGACUCCUCCAACUAUAAACAUCAGUGUAUCAACAUCAUACUCAGCCACCAACAGCACGUUACCCCAGCCUCCGAUGGUACAGACAGUUUCCCCCAUCAGUUCCUCUGACAAUAGUACUUCUACUUUAGCUGAUGUAUCAUGGACCCAGUUCAAUAUCAUCAUCCUUACUGUCAUUAUUAUCCUCGUGGUUCUGCUGAUGGGAUUUGUGGGUGCUGUCUACACAUACCGCGAAUAUCAGAACAGGAAGUUGAAUGCCCCCUUUUGGACCAUUGAACUCAAGGAGGACAACAUCAGUUUCAGCAGCUACCAUGAUAGCAUCCCCAAUGCUGAUGUCUCAGGCCUGUUGGAGGACGAUGGUAACGAGGUGGCACCCAAUGGCCAGCUGGCGUUGGCCACUCCCAUGCAUAACUACAAGGCUUAACGAAACCAGGGUUGAGAGUUUACUUCGAAAUCUUGUAAGUGGAGCAAACCAGUGCAGUGCCUGUUGGGAGGGACACCAGUCAAUGACACCAGCGUUCCAGGCAAGAGGACUAAAUAACUUUCCCAGCAUUGGCCAGGCUUUGGGGUAUACACACACACACACACACACACACACACACACACACACAGUGUUGGACACUGGAGAUAAUAAAGGAGUUUCAGGUAAAUUUACAGAUUGUAUUCAAUUCAUUGUUUCCCAUCAAAAUCCAUCCUUGCCACUAUGGAUAUAAACUUGUAUUUUAAAAAAAUGGAGUUGCUUUGAAAUAUAUUUUUGUAUGAAAUGAUGAAGGCAUAUACCAAGACGUCAUCUCAUCGCCAAUCAAAAGCUAUGUUGAAACACUGGACGCCUGAUUUUAAACUCUUGUUUUGAAAUGUAGCCAUUGUCACAUAAAUUAUGGGAAAUGGCUUUUAUGGUUUGGAGAGCCGGGGGGCUGGGGGUGGAUUCCCAGAACUUUGUUUUGUGCUCUUAAAAGAGUUUUGCUUCUUCUUCUUCUUCUUUUAAAAAAAGAAAAGUCACUGGUGAAAAGAUGUGCUGAUAGAAACCAAGAGCUCUGAAAGUUGGCAUUUAUGCUUUGACCUUAGGAGUACAGAAAAGAAAUGGGUGAGAGUGUUGUACUUUUUCUGCAACCUUCCUUCAAACGUGAUGAUGAUGCUAUUUAAAAUGCAAGAAUCUGUUUAUUUUCUUAGCUUUGUUGAACUCUGAUUCUCCCAAGGGAUGCUAGUGAGGACAUUGCACGAGCAUUGUUCCCCGAGUCUCCAAUCUGGUGUGGAAACGGCCUGUAUACAGAAUGUAACAAAGCUUCUUCUGCAAUGUAUUUGUAAACUAUUUGUACAAAAAUGACAUAUUUUAUCACGUAGAUUUUAUCUGUACAGCCACCCACAGCAUUGUAAAAACAAAAAACAAACACAGAACUCAAGGCAACAACAAAUAAGCAAGUAUUGUAUUAAAGUGCUGUAAAUUUCAAUGGCAAUAUUGUUGGAGCUGGGCCUCCGGCAAAGGUUUGUUGCUAACUUUUUCCUCUUCUGAUAAUAUGACUAACUUUCUGAUCUUAAAUUGAUCGUUCCUCCCUCUUUUUUUGUUUUUUUGUUUGAACGUCUACAGCAGGGGUGAGGAGGAACCUCUGGCUUGGGGGCGAAAUGUGACCCUCCAGGCCUCUUUGUCUGACCUUCAAGGCUUUCCUCAGGCAGGGCCGCCCUGCCCAUGAGUCAGACUGAGGCAGCUGCCUUGGGUGGUAGAAUCCUGUGGGGGAUCUGCACAACCACAGUAAGCAAGGCUUUGGUGGAGGAAGGGGCCGGUUCCUUCCCAUUUUGUCUCAGGCAGUAUAACAGAACAGGCUGCCUCUGUCCCCAGGCCAUGGCCUUACCUCAUACCCUGCUUGAGUGUUUUUGGUUGGCUGGAAUGUGUAUUUUGAAGAAUGGUAAAGCCUUUUGGCUUGUCUGGACAUAGAGGAAUAGGUAUGUGCAGAGAGCAGCCCAGCGUACAAAAGGGGGAAAUAGUAUUUGUUUCCCCAUCCACUCCCUUGGCUGAUGUGAUAGGACCCCCUCCAGAAAAUCUGAAGACUCACCAGGCCCCAGGUCCUCCUGUUACUUCCCCGCUUGCUCUGGCUGCCUGGUCUCCUGUUCCCAACCUUCUUCUUCCUCCUUUGCUAGCUGUUGUCUCACAGGUGGCACAGAACCCCCCCCCCAAUUAAUGCCCCCCCCCCCAUUUGAUCGUGCUCCCUCUCUGUCUCUUCUGCCCGCAUAUCUCCCCACUCCUCUAUCUUCUGCCAGUCCCUGGAACCCUCUUUCAUUCAGAGUUCUCUACGUCUGCAUCCACAGCACAAGAAGCAAUCAAACUGUUUAAAAUUACACCUCUUAGCUUUCUAGUCAGCACCAUUUUUACAAGUAUGUUUAUAUUGUUCAUCUUUUUGCUGACAUUAGCAAAAACUGUUUUAGUGCAAAUUUGUGUGCGUGGGGGAAGGAUUGAACUUUUGAAAUAUGUUCCCCAAAAGGCAUGCUAAGGUAUGUUGUCCUUCUUUUGCCCACACAACUGUGACACACCCACUUGUAUUGAUGGAGGGUAUGGGGACAUACAUUCAAAAAUGGGUUACAUCUGUUGAAGUGUGGAGAGUCAGUUUCGGUUCUGUGUGGGCUUUACAGAUUCUGCAUUGCAGACACUCUCCGGAAUCUCACUGGGCUGUCAAUGACAACCUGUCUGGGGCUCCUGGUUUUGUACAAGAGCAGGAUCAGGCUCUCAGAGUGCUUCCCACUCUCCAGUGGUGGGGAAAUGACAUGUUAUGUACUGAGCUGAAUAGGAUCCAAAAUGCAGCAGUCUGAUUGGUCCUAGAACAAUCGGAUUCAGAAUGCAACAGUCUGAUUGGUCCUAGAACAAUAGGGUUCAGAAUGCAGCAGUCUGAUUGGUCCACAGGAGCCACCCAAUCCAGCUCCAGGUGGAAGUGAAUCUGCAACCUGAUUGGCCUACAGGUGAUUCCCGGAAUUAGCCAAUCAUGUGGGGCCCAUUGUGUAAAUAAUGUAUAUAAAGCAGACAUUCUGGAGCAGGGGUCUGCAACCUUUAAGACAAAAAGAGCCACUUGGACCCAUUUCUGAAGAGAAAAAAAAAGGGAGUCGCUUUUUUAUUAUUUCUUUGUUUGGCCCCUCAGAAUUACUCCUCCUCAUAGAAAUAAACAUUAAAUUAACAAGU